AAAAUUGUGCGCUGUGUAUUUUCCCUCCUCUUUUCUCUCUUUCUUUCCAGACAUGCGAAAUUACUCUGUGCAGCCAUAGAUGUGUCUCUCAGCUGCACCGCCUCUUGUCUUUCCUCUUCCAGAUGCUGACAGGCUCCGAACCAGCGGACAGAGAGAAACAGGCUCUCCUCGUAUCUGCAUGGAAACUGGAUGGGGGGAAUGAAUAGCAGAAGGGAAGAAGGAGCAAAGUUGGUUAUUUUUCUGGCACAUGGAUGCAAUUACAUGGAGCACAUUCCAGAGGCGUUACUUUGAAUUCUGAGCAGGUCUGCCUGCCAUUCCUGAGUGGAGAGAAGUAAAAAAAAGGGGGGAAGAAAAGUCUCUCUCACAGAGACGGAAUGUCUGCACUUUCUAUCCUGUUUCUAGGUAAGUUGGAGGUUUUUGUUUUAGUCUUUUCUAAAAGGAAAAAAAAAAUCCUAAUAAAAGAGGAGUUGCAACCAUAACAGUAACUAGCAAGGGAGGGGCUCUUGGAAAAAUAAGUUACUUUUUAUGAUUUAAAGCGGGGGAUUGGCAUCGAAGUUUGUUGAGCAUGGAGAUCAUCUGCUUUCAAUUUCUUGGCAUUUUUAUUAUUUUUAUGGAGAACAAAAAUAGGGGGGGGCAGUAAAAAUUCAAUACCCAUAUCGGAAUGAAUAGAGUUUAAAGCAUGAGGCUCUCUUCUCCUAAAGGUGUGGGUUGCUGUUGUUUUACACAAAAAGCUGUUGAAGCUGUUUAAUAUUAAAUACUUCUCUUGGAGAAAUCUUAAAUGCUGCCUGCAGAGCUCACACACACACAAAAAUGCUGAGGUUUUUAGGAUACAAAGCCAUAGACAACUUUGCCAUCCACACAUUUGAACAACAAAGCAUUGUUUCAAGAUCAGUGGCCAAUCUGCUCACUUUUGUGUAUGUCGUUCUGCUCAGAAAUUUAUUUCUGAUAUUUUAAAGGAGCCCAUUGUUUCCUACUGAUACCAUAGACAGCCCCAAAUUAGAAACAGAUGUGUUAAAAGUACAUGGGAGGGAGGUGAAGAAGGGAGAAAGAGGGAGCGGGGAUGCAGGGGAGAAGAAAAGAUAGACAAACUGAAGCCAACAAAAGAGAGAAAAUAAGAAUGGACUGAAGACAAAUAUAGGGGAAAUCAAAGGGGAAAGGAAACAACAGAAAGACAGUGGAAGAAAAGGAAAGUAAUUUAACACAUUACAGAGAGGAGAAUCAGGUUUGCCACAGAGUCAACAGGGAACAGCAGCUAAUAAUGGCUUGCUGAUGAGUGUACCUGUAAGAUUCAAAUUUUCCCAAAUGUGUUGCUUACACCUUCACGCUUUCCAUUUUUAGCUGCAUAACUAAAUUAUAUCUGGCAUUUCAGCUGACUUUAAGCUACCUUGGGAAACCAUUUAUUUAAGUAGAGGGAGCUUAUCCACUUACCUGGGAGUAAGCCCCACCAAACUCAAUGGGACUUUCCUCUGAGCAGACAUGAACAGAAUUACAUGGUUAUGCAUGUUCUUAAAUCUCUUCUGUUGAAAUCAAUGGGACCUCUAAGUGUUUAACUUGUGCUGGAUUGUGUCCAGUGUGCGAAAGGACCAGAAAGGCAGGGAUAGAAAUCCAGAGGAACCAGUGAAGCACGGAAAAUUAUUCAAAAGUCUAUUUAAAAUGCCUUUUUAUAAUACAUGUUAUCACCUUCAGCAACUUAUACUACAACAAAAGGUUGAUAAUUAUUUGCCGUAGAUGGCAAAAAACAACAACAACCCCAAAAAGCUGCUGGCUGUUGUGUCAUCUUCAUAGCAGGCAAACUAAGUUAGUACCGAUACGUCCCAUAUAAAAGACAUUCUCUGUAAAAUGGAGGAGGUAAAAAGAUGGAGGAAAUGAUUAAGAAAGGCAGGCUUGAGUAAAAUGAGACGAAGGCUGGCCUCCCUUGUGACUGAGUCAGCGGCAGCCUCCUUCUCCACCUCUCCAGAGACAUCACAGUGUGGAGAACAAGCUUUCCCCUCAAUUCCACUUUCCACAUUGGAUUGACAAGCAGGCAGCUCUGUGAAAAAUCCCGUAUCAGCGCAUCGCAAAGGGCUGCUAUGCCUUCAUCCCUCCUCACCAGUCUGGAAGACCCAGAGUAGAUUCAGAGACUCCUCCUCUCUUAGGAAAGCUGAUGGACAUCAGAAAAUAGCAAGAGCUUGCUGGAUCAAGCCAAAGGCCCAUCUAAUCCAGGAUCCUUUCAGAGUGGCCACCCAGAUGCCUGUGCGACGGUGACAACUCAAGCACAAGAGCAACCUCCUCCCCAUGGUUUUCCAGUAACUAGUAUUCAGAAGCAUUAGCACCCAGAGAGGGUACUGAGGGUGGAAACAUGAGGAAGGAUGGAGUACAAGGUUUUGCCAGCUGAUGCUUCUAAGGGUGUGAAUCAAUGAACCCUGGAUUAUCAGCAAGAGCUGGGUGAGGCGUAAACAUGAAUGACCUAUUCAAAUUCUUGUCUCCUACCAGCUGUCGCAUCCUGCAGUCUGUGUAAAAGUUCCCAUCUCUUGACCAACUCCAAGCUUUUGGGUCUCCCACAGGAAGUGGGAUGUUGCAGUGAUGUUGCAAAAUGUCCACAGUGGAUGGGCAAGUGGCAGCAUGUGCCCUCUCUCAUUAGCCUUGGUGCCAAGUCCCAAUACAGAGUAGGUUGGGAACGGGAAUAUCUCACAUUUCCCAACUUUCUGGGCACAUCAGACUUAAUCAGAAGACUGGCAACCAAUAGCUUGCGCUUGCUUUAGCCCCAACAUGGCACAAACUUUUUUUUUGCCAAAAUCUACAACAAUUCAAAGGCAGCUUACUUGCAGGAAAUGUGAUAUGCACUGAUGGAAUACAAUGGGAACAAAUUAAGUACAAAUGGGUAAAAACUGCUUUAUGACCCACCCAAAAGACUAAUGGAGACACUCCAUAUUAAGGUUGCUGGGUUCAGGCUCUGUUUGCAGGAUACAAUUUGGCCCGCUGCUGUGGGAAGGAGGAUGCUGGAGUAAAUGGGUUUUUGGCAUGAUCCAUCCAACAGAGCUCGUAAUAUGAGGUUUCUUCUGCACGCAGUGUUUGUCCCCUAGUUUUCACAUUUUGUGGCCAUUUGAAUGGAAUCGCAAUACCGGGGAGUUUCCCCCCUCCUCUGGGAUAAUAUCGGGGAUUUGUAACCAUUCUAUGCCCAAUAAUGGAUAAACUGAGCAAUGACCAGCCCUCAAGAUGGAAGGCCAGUUCACUAGCAGGAACACAAGCAGAGUAUGAAGAGCUGUAGUUCUGUUCAUAUACGUAUCUCAAAGGCAAGAGGAUGGAAAUUACAACAGGAUAGCACAACGUAUAAAUUUGUGGGCAAAUAUUACCAGAAAUGCAAAUUUUCCAUACAUUCACUUUUAGCACAGCACACGCCCAUCCUCAUAUUUCUGUGCAACCAUUUAACUAUGCCCAUGUUGCUCCUGCUGAAGAAAUUUAAGCUUGCAUUUCAUUUCCACUUUGUGCAAGGGUAAAGGCUAUAGCCAAAUUGUCCAUUUCUUUGGUAGAAAAGAAUGCCUUUUAAGACGUACAUUUUCAUGUGUAAUGUGCAGUUGGGCAAAGUAACAAAAAUAAAGCAGUUCCAAGAGCUGUACUGCGCUACUAUUCUGAAAAUGCUGCAGGAGACUUCAAUGUGCAAGUUCUGUCCCAUACUAGUAAAAGUUAGAAGAUGAUAAGUCAACACACUCAACAUGGUCCUACAUGUACAAAAUUUGCAGAAGUUAGGGGUCCCAAUAUCCAGUAGUGUUGGCACAAAAUGAAGUUCCAAUUUUUUCAGUCCCUAUUAUUAUUAUUACUAACAACAAUGGGUCAUAGCCAAACGAAGAGUUUCACAGGGACUAGGACUUUAGCUGCGCAAUGGCAUUUCCCUGCCCCCUAUUCUCCCUGUGUGCCACUGUGCCCUCAGUAAAUCUGCUCCAGACAUUAGGGUACCGCAAACUCCUGCAGAUUUAAGGAGGCAGGGCAGAUCACAUCCAUAGAGGAGAGGGCAGGGUACCCGUAGAGAGUACAGAGCAGGCAUAGGCAAACUCCUGCCCUCCAGAUGUUUGGGACUACAAUUCCCAUCAUCCCUAGCUAACAGGACCAGUGGUCAGGGAUGAUGGGAAUUGUAGUGCCAAACAUCUGGAGGGCCGGAGUUUGCCUAUGCCUCGUACAGAGGAUGGAAGUAUGAAGAAUGAUAGAGGACAAAAAAUUGGUAGCUGAUAAUAGUUCUUGCAGUAGAGAAACUGUUUCGUUUGAUACCACCCAGCAUUUUCAAGACACUUCCAAGCUGAAGUUCUCAAAGCACCUCCUUGUUUUCUUUAGAUUCUGGUAUGCUGAACGAGUCUUAUGAAUGCUCCAAUGCAUACCUAGAUCUGGGCAUAAAGAUACCCUGGAGCUGUAAGGUCUGAAACAGGGCGUCACUGAUUAUAUUUGGCAUGUUUGAUAAUCUGGCCCAUUAUACAAAUCUGCAUAACUUAUUCCAGUCACAGGAGAUGUCUUUUCUGGCUGUAGAACUUGGACUUACAUAGCACAAUCCCACACAGAGACAUACACACAUUGCAUUGUUAAUUUCCCAUGUUCCAUCAAUCUAGUAAUGUAUAUAACAAGCUAAAAUCAGCUAUUCGUGGGGGCGUGGAAUAAGGCUGUUUUAUUCACUGAUGUUUCCUUGUGCAUUCAUUUGUUUACACAGCUAAUGGAUUAGGGCUUGCUCUAUAGCCAGCAGUAUAUGCUUGUAGCCAUUUGAGGACAGGCAUGUAGCUUUAUUAGGUUUUGUAAAACAAAGCAUGGUCAGAUAAGAUGAGGGGUGGGGUUUUUUUACAAGAGACUUGUGGAAAAAGGAAUCCUAAAUCCUACAAGCAAUAGUGAGAACCAGAUUCCCUUGCCCUCAGUGCUGAAGCUGCUAAGCAAUGCUCCUGCAGGGUAUAUCCUACACAUGGCAUUUCAAAUGAAGGUGUUAAUUGGAUUAUCUGUGGUGGAAGAUUUGCUGGCACUUGCUAUAUUCUAUCAUCAUCAAUGGCAGUUGGAUUAGUAAUAUAUUCCAGAUGGAGGGGGUGUGUGAGAAAGAGGGGAAAAAAAGCAUAGCACUCUGGGCUACAGAAAGAUUUCAUUUAUCCCUAUUUAGGGCUUUUAUUUAUUUGUUUGUUUGCAGUCAUAUCUCAUCCUUUUCUCCAAGAAGCUCAAGGUGGUAUACAUAGGCCUCCCUCUCCACAUUUAAUCACCACAACAAGCAUGCAAUGUAAAUUAGACUGAGAGGCAGUGACAGUCAUGGAGUGAGCUUCGUGGCCAAGUGGUGAUUCGAACCCUAGCCGCCCACAUCCUGGUUCAAAACUCUAAUUGCUACACAACACUGACUCUAAGUGUGCUAAGUUGGAAAGAGGCCCACUUACAGACCCCAUUUAUAUAGCAGUUUAGAGGUGCAAAUCCAAAAAGUCACUCUUAGAAGCCAUCGUUAAUGGGACACUCAAAAAGAUAGGACAUUGUGCUUCACACUUAAGGUGAUAUAGCCCAUGACAGGAUCUCGAAAGGUCUAAUUUGGAGGCUGUUUCAACAAACGACUCUUUUUCGGUUUUGGUUUUCCCCCAGUCUCUGUAAAUCGGGUCAAAGCGCUACAUCGACUAGGAAGUAUAUUUGAUUUCUAAACAGGUUCUCUUGCACUUUUUUUUACAGUGCAUAAACACCACCCAUCCAUUAUUCAUCUUAAACUAAGAAGUGUUCUUGGUGCCGUUUGUGGAAGUGUCCCUAUCUUUCACCUUCCCCUCAGGGCUUUGUAAACUGGCAAUCUCUUCUCACAUCUUGUGUUAAGUCCCAGGUACUAUUAUUAUAUAUGCAUAGUGUAUGCAUGUCUAUGACAUCCCUGAUUCCAAUUGGGUCUCUGGAUCAAGCACAAAUUUAAAAAAAGGAAAAGAAAAGAAAGCUCAAUUCCUUCCCCAGGCUGUUUCCUAGGACAAGCAUCAGGAGAGCAGGGCGGCGCUCCUCCAUUCUGUACAUAUUUAUGAGACAUGCACUGGAUGCUUUGUACAGUUGAGUCUGCCGAGUAUUUUUUUUUUUUAAAAAAAAGAGCCUUGAUAAAAAUUUUAAGGGCUAUGGAAAUGUUUAAUAUAGAACUGAACUCUCCUUCAGAGCAAAGAAGCAGAGGAACACCAGGAAGUAUUGAACAGAGCUUUGAGAAACCAAGCAGAAAUGUAUAGCCAAGAACAUUUUCCUCUCCAACCCAUUCAAGCUGCAGUUUAUUUUUAUUUUUUUUAAAAAUUGAUUAAUUAAUUAAAAUUACAGGGCUUUCAACCUUGAAGGCAAAUCACUUUGUGACUUCAUUGUUUAAAUUUAGGUUCUGUUUUGUGGGGGAUUGUUAGACUUCAAGCAAAAGCCUCAGAGCACAGGGGCUGUCACUUCCGAUUACUUCCAGUGCCACUUCCAAUUAUUUCCAAUCACCAUUCUUGAGACAGGAGGGAAAUUGAGCCAGAUUCUUCAUCAUCAUGCUUCCCGCCCAACCCACCUCCUGAACAAAAGGACAAUUUACCAAAGUGCUGCCAAGAUGGACCAAAGGGGGGUAUUGGGGGUAGAUUCCGUUGUGGGGUCUACCUGAAAUAACCCACAGCAAAUUCCACCAAGGCAGACUGAACCAAACAGGAACUGUGAUCAAAGUGUUGUAGACUUUGGAGUCUUUUGUAUGAAAUAAGCCAUGGGUAGGCAAACUAAGGCCCAGGGGCUGGAUCCAGCCCAAUCACCUUCUAAAUCUGGCCCGCGGACGGUCCGGGAAUCAGCGUGUUUUUACAUGAGUAGAAUGUGCAGUUUUAUUUAAAAUGCAUCUCUGGGUUAUUUGUGGGGCCUGCCUGUUGUUUUUACAUGUGUACAAUGUGUGCUUUUAUUUAAAAUGCAUCUCUAGGUUAUUUGUGGGGCAUAGGAAUGCUUUCAUUUUUUCCCUUCAAAAUAUAGUCUGGCCCCACUCAAGGUCUAAGGGACAGUGGACUGGCCCCCUGCUGAAAAAGUUUGCUGACCCCUGAAAUAAGCUCUCAACUGAAAUCUGAACAAUAUUUCGGUGCUAGCAAAUUUGAACUCCCCUUUCAACAAAAUGAUCAGUUUUUGUGUGUGUCACCAUGUACUCCAUUAGAAAACGGUGAUGUAUAGUUAAUAAGCUGUGGCUAUCUUGAAAAUUAAGAUUGGCUCAGGGGUCGGCAACCCGCGGCUCCAGAGCCGCAUGUGGCUCUUUUACACCUUUGCCGUGGCUCCGGGGCGGAUACUAGCGAGGGGAGGAGGCGCAUUGUGCGCCCCGACACUCCCCACUGUGGCGGGCACUGUACUGGCUGUGACGUCACAUGGGGGCAGUGUGUGCGUUAGUCACGCACCAUCCCGACGUCACCUUCCCGCCCGCUGUCAGAUCGCGGUUCCGGAGAUGUAUUUGUUUUAAAUGUCGCAAUGGUUUUGCGGCUCCCAGUUGUUGUUUUUCUUCGGAAACGGGUCCAAGUGGCUCUUUUUGUCUUAAAGGUUGCAGACCCCUGGAUUGGCUGCUUAUUUGUGCGUUUUAACAGCUCACACUACAUGAGCAAUGAACUCAUGUGAUACUGUAGCAGCAAUUUGCUUCGUUUUCACUCCCCCGCGCCCAUGACACUAGGACCAUUUCAGUAAGUAACAAUAUAAUUUGGUUUCUAUGAGGGGUUUUUAUAUCUUCUUACUACGAUGUGGGAAUCAGCUCUCAGUGUCUCAGGACAAGUAAUCCACCAGUGGACUACUGGCCUGGGAAAAUUACAAUGGAGCGUUAGUCAGUUUCCAGUGGACCAACUACUGUGUGCUGGUUUCUGGGAUUAUCCAAACAGUGCUAGACUGGGUGGGCCUUAUUCUGGUAUUCUUCAGGAAGUGUGUAUGCUGAGAGUGUAUAAUCACUUAAAGCUGAAGGCAUAACAAAUAUAUGUUAAGAAUCCUGUGUAGGAUCCUCUGUAAAUUAAACAAGACUGGUGAACAACAUCAACCAACCAACCAAGGCUGAAGUAAGCAAGGGCCCCCUUCAACAGAUGCACUCAGAUGUCCUUCAUAAGACUGGGGCACAGCUAGUGUUGGAACAGUUUUCACAAUACCAGAAAGUAGAACUACUUCAAAAGCAGCUUAGGGGAGAUUAAAAUCAGUUAAGAGGAGAUCAUAGCCACGGCUUGCAAAUUUCAUUAAUUUUAAUCUCUUCAACCAUAAAAGGAACAAUAACUGUGACUUGGCUCCUGACGCUCUUAGGUGCUGCAUCAGGUUGUGUCUGAAGCAAGCUGAAACCUGUCAGAAGAGCUGGAGAUGAGAAUUCGUGAACAGGGAAUUCAAAGAUACAAACUGAAGGAACAACACUAGAACUCUGGCCUAUUUCUCAGCUCUCUCCCUAUACCCAAACUUUUCUUGUUUCUAAAAAGCAUCAAAUUAAUCAAAACAGGUGGGAGGAUUGUACCCCUUGUUUCAGUUUUAGGCCUGAUUCUGCAUCCUAUGAACCUUUCUCAUAUGGUAUAAAUAGUAUAUGAGACAUGUUGAUAGGUUUUUCUUAGUUCAGGGUGUGAAAAUGCCCUUUGUGGUGUGUACCAAAUAAACCAGAAAAGGCUGCUCACUGGAUAGUGGCUGACGGGUUAAGCAAAGUUCAGUCUUGAUUUCUGUGGAGUAAAGUUUCCAGAGGAACUCACUCCUUGCCUUUUGAGUGGCUGAUCCAUAAAUCCGUAUGUCACAAAUUCAACAAAGGAAUCCAUUGAAAACAGCUGUUUUGCCUAUCUUGACUCAUAAACUAUAAUUUGUGAACAUCCAAAGAAGCUGAGUGUUGGAAGAUUUCAGGACAGUUGAAGGAAAUGACUUCUUCACACAGCUCAUAGUUAAACUAUGCAGCUCACUCCCACAGGAGGCAGUGAUGGCCAAUAACUUGGAUGGCCUUAAAAGUUGUUGUUGGCAUCUUGAGAGACAAUGGAGUGUGCCUCCAGGGGUGAAGUCAAACCGCUGCAGUGCUGAAAUGAUCUUCCCAGGGCACAAGCCUGAGCAGUAUGUAUGGAGGUCCUGGGCUGCCCAUAGGGCAAGACACACACACCCCAGGCUCGCUGAUGUGGUUCAAGGAAAGCGAAACAAUACGUUUAGCACCAGCUUGGCUGCAGGAAUUGCCAGGGGGAGGUAUACUAGGCACCAUCCAACUGUCUUAGGGACUCCACUCCAGAAUUGUGUAGGAUUUACUCUUUAGCCUUUCUUCUCCCAAAGAGAAGAAGUGAAGUUUUCCUUCUCCGCGAUGGGCUACUUUCUCAGGUUCACGAGCCCCAUCUGUCCCUCACUUCCCUCUAUACCACGUGCAGAAACCUCCUUCUUGACCAUUGGACCCACUAUUGGUCUCAUCCACUCAAUCCGCCAGAGCCUGUCUUCGCAUGCAGGGGAAGUCCCUAACUCACUGAGGGUUUGAGACCCAGCAGCAACCCUCACUUGGUUUCGCCAGCCAGUCGAAGCCGUUCCUGGGGUGUGCUGACAGCUUCUAGGAGCCAUAGGUGAGAGCUGAGUGCAGGGUCAAGACCAAAGGUGGACAAACUACACAAUAUUGGUCAGAGUCUUAUGUUUUGCAGGUGGCUUACCAUUAUCAAACAAACCAAGCCAUUAUCAACCCACCCCCAACGAGCUAUCACCAGGCUGGCUUCACGAGGAAACUAACUGGUGUUAUUUCUAGCCAUUACUAAAUUCUUGAAAUUAUGAGUUUGCUCAGAUUCUAACCUUUUACUGAAUCUAGAGGUUUGGGGGGCCUUGCCUCCCUGAACCUUCUAAGAAUAUAUACUUGUUUGAAUGGAAUUCAUCAGAUUUGUUAAUAUAAGACUUUGGGUGGCAAAAUGGAUUAUAUUGAAACAUUAUACAGUGGUAUCUCGGGUUAAGAACUUAAUUUGUUCUGGAGGUCCAUUCUUAACUUGAAACUGUUCUUAACCUGAGGUACCAAUUUAGCUAAUGGGGCUUCCUGCUGCCGCCACGCGAUUUCUGUUCUCAUCCUGAAGCAAAGUUCUUAACCCGAGGUACUAUUUUGGGGUUACUGGAGUCUGUAACCUGAAGUGUCUGUAACCUGAAGCGUAUGUAAACUGAGGUACCACUGUAUAAGAUAUUAGAUUGCUGAAUUAAAACUUUUUAAAAAGCUUAUACUAUUUAUCAUAUAGCUACAGCAUUAUUUGUGGAAGAUGGAUCAUGGAACUGCUGAGUGCAAGAGGCACAGAAUGUUCAAAUCAGGUCCCAAGUGCACUUUCAAAAGUGAAAGAAGGAACAUAUUUUAGCCUAUAAUAGGUCACCUCCAAAUGCUAUUAAUGCAAUAGGAAAAGAGCUUUUUUAAAAAGUAUACCUUUUGUUCAGUGUCCUUAUGCGACUCUUUAAUUACAUGUUAAUAUGUUGAAAAUUCAAACAUCAGUUUUAGAAUCACAUUUUAAAAUACCCCCAAAACUCCAUCUAAGGUCAUCUAAUUUCAAUGUAUUAUAGACUAGGCUCUUAUUUUUGUUAAACACGUGUAUGGUUGGGGGGGGGAGAGAGAGAGAAAAUAAGCUUCAGCCUCCCCAAUGCUUUCAUUGCUGUUGCUUCUAAUUUAUUAUUAUUUUUAAAAUUAGGUGUGGUACUGAUACCUUGGCAGAAGUGCUGCAGGCGUCAGCACAAAAUGGCUGCUAGGGGCAGAAAAAAAGAGGUGACAGUACUCAGAACAGUACUGGCGAAUACUAUCACAAGAAAAAGUACUGAGCCUCUGAAAGCCAGUUUCCCCAUCAGUGACCUGAACUUCAAUGAAACAUAGGAUAGCAGCAGCAUGCCCAGGGCAUUAGUAAGAACAAAGAGUCUUGUGACAUCUAAGACUAACAGAUUUAUUUUGACAUAAGCUUUUGUGGAGUAUAGCCCACUUCAUCAGAUGCAUCUGAUAAAAAUCGACUCUUGUGCAUGAAAGCUAACGCCACAAUAAAUUUGCUAGUCUUUAAGGUGCUGCAAGAUUCUUUGUUAUUACAGAUGCUUUUUAACUAGAUUUGCAGCAAUCACAGAGAGUUCAAAGGAGGUUCCAAGCGUAAAAAGAGAAGCCCAUUACAUGAGGUGGUACAGAAAAUACUAGUCGUGGAAACACAAUGACAGAGUAUGAGAAAGUUUGAGGAUUCCAAGGUCAUUUGCUUUGAAGCUAAUGAUCCUGUAAUACACAGUAAUACACUAAUUACUUUAACUCAUUCUCCAGUUUAGCAAUGCCCUGGGCAUGCUGCUGCAAUUCUAGGCUAGUGAAUGCACAUCCAUUAGUAAAUGAACCUACUGAAAGAAACAGGGUGCAUCAAUUUCUUGGUUUUUCAUGGUUCCCCCCACCAUGCUAUUGUAGCUUCCUUUUUUAACCGUAUGUGGAGAAUAGACUAAAAAAAACCCUAUCAUUAUAGAUAUAGGUGUAGCAGUGCCAGAAAGAAAACAUCAUUGGACACUAUCUGCACUGGUAAUUCACAACACAGAGACAAGAAACAGGUUAGCUGCAUUUUUAAAUGAUUAUUUAAUAGGCUUGUUAAGUCAUCUUUGAACCUGAAGUAUUUUCUCAAUGUCACAUUGUCGGAUAAAAUCAGCUGAAAAGAUGCACAAUAAAAACGGCACACCUCGAUUAGCAGGGACAAUAAAGCCAAAUCUAUUUCAGCAAGCCAUCCAGCUGAAACUAAAAUAGGCUACUGCACCCACAAUCAAAAGCAGUCUGAAAGAAAUAAUGUUGUUAGGAUCUGCCUGAAAGACAAAGGGUAUUGCACAUUUCCCAAGAAUGGGACCACCACUGAAAAGGUCCUGUCUCUCACACCUGCCAACCUAACCUAACCCUUCCUGGAUGGUACCUGGCCAUCCUUAAAGCAUUUCCUUGCCCAGAAUGACAUUAUGUUGGAUCUCACAUUUACUGCAGUGCAUUGAAGGUGGGGUACCCACACAGUUUGUCUGGAGGCUGCCACUAAUGCAGAAUAUGGCACCUAGGCUGCUUGUGAGGCAAACUACGGCCAGUUUAUAACACCCCUUGACUGUGUAAUCUGCACUGGCGUUUAAGGUUUAGGGAAUCAGGAGGCUGCCUUACCCUCUCUUCACGCAGUAGGUCAUUGUGUUGUUCAGGAGAAUCUCUCCUUGCAGUUCUAAAAUAUUAGACGUCUGAUCCAAAACAAUUCAGAGCAGGACUUUGAGCAUGGCUGUUCCUGUUUUGUGAAACAGCAUUCCAGUGUGGGCACCUAACAAUGGACAACAUUCUUAGCUUCAUUAAGUACAAACCCCAAAGUGCCAAAGAUUUUGUAGGGUUUUGUGAUGCAAACUCUUCAUUUUGUUGCCCCCCACCACCAAGCUGAGUAAUUCAUACUAACCAGGAGUGAUAGGUAUCACCCAUAAAUCCAACCCUGUCUGAUUCACGCCAAACUGGUGCCAAAGUUUUGUAGUAGUUUUCUAGGGUUUGUAGCACAAACCCCACAUUUUUAGUGCCCCCCAAACUGAGCAACUGAUUUUCAAACACUGUGCACUGCCACCCAGAACCUAAGAAGGAACAUAUUUUAGCACUGCCACCCAGAACCUAAACACUUAUAUUGAUCUAAAUUGCAAUGAAAUCCCAGUGAUUUCAUUGCAAUUUAGAUCAAUAUAAGUAUACUAGCACAGCACAAUCCAUAGCAAGUCUACUCAGUAGUAAAUUGCUGCAGGGUUGCAGUCUUUAUAAACAUGUUUACCCGUAAGUAAAUCCAAUGUGAAAUCAACCGGAUCUAGUCUAUAAUUUUAGGUUUGCUGUUUUAAUCUGGUCUAGAAGUAGUGACUAAUUAAUGGAGUAUAAUUAAUUGUGCAGUAUUCGUAAGAAAACAAAAAACACAAAAAAUACCAUUGGCAAGGGGUUCUCAAUUCUAACUGAAUAAGAACAGCCUAUCCCAACUGUGUUGAAUUUUUAAGAUUAACCAGUUCAGGCUCCACUCCUGUACAUACUUAUCAGGAAGUAAUCCCCAUGGGAUUCAGCUGACUUACUUCUAAGUAAUGUAUUUUCACACAAUUAUCCAGAGCUGACCAGAGAUAUUUUACUGCACAAGGAGGGGUGACCAGUGACCCCACACCCACAUCCCAAAUCAAGGUGCAUGAUAGCCAAGGCUGGCCAGUUUCUUCUAGCACCUGAGUCAGAAAACCCAAAAAGCGCCUCUCCUGCUCCUUGUCCAUAAAAAAUACCAUAAUAAUAAAUAAAAAUAUUUUGCAACUUGCUGCCCCUUUCAUAUAAUCCAAAGUCAGCAACCUGAGGCAGCCAUCCAAUUUGAAUUGGACAAUGUUGGAUUUCUGGGUGAUACCUGGGCUAUGACCCCCAGGUAGAAUAUCAAUUACACAGUUGGGGGGGAUGCUACAAAAUACGGGUUCACACUACAAAACCCUACAAAAUGACUACAAAGCUUUGGAGGUGAUCCAAAAUUCCAGAGUUCAUAGUUAAUAAAGCUGACAUUCUUUAAGUCUCUGCCUUGGGUGUUUAUUUGUACUGUUUCACCCAACCUUUAACUGUUUUUUUUGUUUUGUUUUAUGGUUGUCAAUUGCCUUGGAAUUUAUAUGAAAGGGAUGGGGUGUGGGUGGUGUAUAAGCGAUCAUACAGAAUUGCAAAUCAUCAACAGUUAUUAAACUCAUCAGUAAAGACAGCCAUCAAACUGCCAUCUUUCCAGCACCAAAAUGAGAGGGGAACAGCAUUUCCAUGGACUGUUCAUUUCUAAGCCUUUUCUUAUGUCCUAACCUGACCCGCACAAAACAGCAGAAAAUGAGGCACCGGGUUCCUAUUUAAUCAUGCACUUCCCUGUCAAGAGCUGGAACUGUAUGCAGACCAAUAGCACAAUAGUCAGCAGGGAGUGGCACCAGAACUUCUGGAAUUAACGUAAUUUAUUCUUCAUUCCUGUGAACUUGGAAUAAUUUGUGCAUUUGACUUGGCACAGCAAUGGUGUCCCUAGUAAUUUUGCAAAAAUAUACUUUCCAGGCCUAACCUGCUUGUGAUUUAUUUGCUCCUCCAUCCCCCACAGCAGCCCCCUCCCACUCACAUUUGCAAGAAUAUUAAUGCUUUUUUUCCAACUGAAAUAAGCUAACUGAAGCUGCAUUAAUGGUCUCCUUUCCCUCGCUGGAUAAUCCUCCCAUGGAAAAAUUCUGAUAGGAGACAAAUGUAAGAGAAAGAGGGUUGAUAACAUUCAUGCAUGAGGAAGGAUUUAUUUAAGUGGCCCGUUAAAUAAAUUACUUGAGAUGCCAAUAUAGUCUGUCUUCUCUAAUGGCAAGGCAAACAAGAGACUCAACUGUUCCCAAAGCUAUUCAGGUUGUCUAUUAAAGGCACAGGAGCCUUCCUCAAUAGGAAAUAUUGCAGUGGUGAUCUCCUCCCAUACUGCAGAUCCAAGAAAAAGUGUUGGGUUUGCACCCCCUAGCUGAAGGUACUUUGAUAUAGUGGCAUCAUUGUCCACAGUGAACACAUUCCAGUUUGUUCAAUUUGGGGGGACGGGGUUGUCUUGCUACAAAAUCCCACAAAACCUGUUUGACCAGAGAAAAGACCAGAGGGAAAGAAUUGGGGAGGGGGGAGAUACACCCAGAAUGCCAAGCAGCCUAAAUUCUCUUUUGUAUAAUUGUAAUCUCCAACUGAACCAAUUACUUGUUCACUAACUUUUAGGAACUAUAUAAAAAAAUUCCUUCAAGUAGCACCUUAGAGAACAACUAAGUUUGUUAUUGGUAUGAGCUUUCGUGUGCAUGCACACUUCUUCAGAUUUAUGAACUAUAGUGAGUGAAUAUCCUGCAGUGCUAUUAUUAUUUUAUUGCAGGUUAUUAUUAUUAUUAUUCUGCCCUUCUUCCAAGUUGCUAGGAUGGAAGACAAAACUCUCUCUUCCCCAUUUCAAACUUGCAAUAAUCCUGUGAUAUAAGGUGAGGCUGAGACAGAAUGAGCCCAAGUUUACCAAUGAGCUUCAUGACUGAAUGAGGAUUUAAACCUAGAUAAGAAAUGCCUGCUAGAAUAUGGAUCAGGCCAAUGACCCAUCUAGUCUAGCAUCCUGUUCUCACAGUAGCCAACUCGGUGUCCUAUUGUGAAACCCUUGAGCAGGACCCAAGCACAAAAGCAUCCCCCACUUCUGUAGUUUCCAGCAACUGGCAUUCAGAAGCAUUACUGCCUUUGACCGUGGGGCAGAGCAUAGCCAUCAUAGCUAUUCGCCAUCGGUAGCCCUCUCCUCCAUGAAUUUGUCUAACAUAUUUUACAACCAUCAGGGUUGGUGGCCAUCACUGCCUCAUGUGGGAAUGAGGUCCAUAAUGAGAUUAACUAUGUGCUGCGUGAAGUACUUUGUCUGUCCUGAAUCUUCCAAGAUUCAUCUUCACUGAAUGUCCACAGGCUGUAGCAUUAUGAGGGAGGAAAAAACCUCUAUCCGCUUUGACCAUGCAAUGAAUAAUUUUAUAAUGCUAUCCCCAAGGAGGUUCAGCAGGCACCUUCAUUAUACACCUUUAGGCACCAGGCAAAAUGUUCCUCUUCAACCAGGCCUUUGACAGAUUGACACCUGAUGCCCUUCAGCAAAGUUGCUCCACCCCCUGCUCCUAUUUCAAUACUUUAACUACUAAGCAACUCAAGGGGUCAGAUAUAGCAAGCCAUAAGCCCCCACUCUGUCCAACCUAGCCUUUAACUUCAGUAUGCACCCAGUAGAAAUCCACACAUGGUUACCAUAGUGCCAUAAUUCUGUGCCAAAUGAGAGAGCUGCGCGUCCCUCAGAUGCAAAAUCUGGCUUUAUCAUUGCCAUUUGAUGGGGUGGGAACAAGAGAGGAGUGAUAUUGGGGAGGAGGACAAAUGCCAGCCUAUUUGGGAACAGAGAUCUCUUCCAGAAAUGUAGGGGGGGUGCAUCCCCCUGCCCUUUUUUCAGUAUAUUCUCUUGUGGCGUUCCAUCCUAGAAAAUAUCCCUGCUUAAAGGCAGAAUAUUCCCUUCAAAUGUCUAUUUCCAGAUUCCAGCUGCAUCACGUAACUAAGAAGGAUCUGCCCACAUCUGGAAAAGCCUGGCAUGCAAUUAUCUCUAGAGGAUUAAUAUCAAGCUAUAGGAAUUUGCAGUAUGGCUAUGCAAGUGUGGUGGGGUGGGGUGGUGAGGUGGUGAGUGGUGUGUGUGUGUGUGUGUGUGUGUGUGUAAAGAGACAGAUCCUUUUGCUUCCCAAUUGAUGGCAUAUAAGAAAUAAUCAUGAACAAGAACUAGUUCUUCUUCCAGAAAACCAUGCCUCUUUCUACAUAACAUCACAAUGCCAUCUUUUGAUGACAUGUAGGAAGCCCUAAGGAGGUUCUUGAACUGAAGGAGAAUGUUCUACCUAAUUUGCCUUCUACAAUACCACUUAUAAGGGUUUAUUGGAGUUUUAUGCUCUUAUUUCCCAGUAGAUAAAUUAGGGCAAGAGUAAUAUAACUGCAAUGUAACAAGUUUACACUUCCUAGCACUAACCAGGGCUACCAAUUUACAUCUUCCUCUAAAUUAUCUCCCCAAAUUAGCACAUUUUAUGCAUGUGGGCUUUGAAGUAAAAAUGAAUUUAACGUUUAGUGCUACUUGGCCUUCUCAUCGAGUGUGCAACUUAGUGAACAUUUCAGACCUGAUACAAUUACUUUUUUAAAGUGCCUUAAACUCUGCCUAUGAUGUUAAACACAACAAAUGUUCCUAAUGGGUUUAUUCCCCUGCAAUUUGAAACUGAUUGUAAAAAGUUUCUCUCUACACCCACACUUAAAUCUCUUUGCUCCCCCAAAACUUGAAAUGAUGCUCCUACAAUCACUUCUUCAUUUCCACCAUUUGUAAAAAUUUUAUGUGGCAAAUAUUAUGUAGCAAAGAAUCUUCUGUUCAUAUGUGCUGAAAUCCACAUCCAAACUGAGAACUAACAGAAGGCUUUCAGUCAAUACUUGGAAAUACUUCCAAAGUGGCCAAGUUCAGCUGAACCAUAAAAACAAUAAAUUUACAUUAGUUGCAUGCUCUGCAUGCUGAAAGGAGAGCCCUCCCUGUUGCUUUAAAUCACUCUCGGUUUUAUUUUUCUGUGUCAUCACUGCCAGUGCCUAUAAGCCUCAACUAAAAGAGGCCAUCCUACCCUAGCAAGUUGGGGGGGGGGUUGAAAGUGAGGAAUCCCCUUCAGCAAGGAUGUGGCAAGCAGACUCAUCUGUUUAUAUGAGGGACAAAGUGAUGGAUGGAGGGGGAAAAUCCUGGGAUAAGAUGCAAAAAAAAAUCAGGUCCACCAACUCAGGAUGCUGUGGUCAUUGCCGCAUACCACUGUCAUCGCUACAUAAACUGCAUAACAUGACAAACAUCCUCCACUGAACACACAACAGCUCUGGAAUGCCUUGUGUUAUCGAAAUAUGGGAAUCUUAGAUACCAGUACUGCCUUGAUUUCAUCUGCGACACAGGUACUGUUAUAGGACGAGACCAGCAAACAAAUCUAGAUCCUAAUGUACAGUUUUAUAAACAAUUUGGAUGAAAGUAUUGAGGCGAUGCUCAUCAAAUUUGCAUAUGACACCAAACUGGGAGGGGUAGCCAAUGCCACUGAAAACAGAAUUGAGAUUCAAGAUAAGCGUAACAGAUUCAAGUACUGGGCCAAAUCUAACAAAAUGAAUUUCAAUAGGGACAAAUGUUAGUUUUGGCCCAGUACCAGAAUAGCCUAGAAUAGCAUUAGCUUUUUUUUUGCUGCUGCACCAUACUGUGGAUUUAUGUGAAGUUUGUGGUCUAUUAAGACCCCCUAGACCCUUUUUACAUGUACUACUGGUAAUGAAGAUGAUAAAGGGCCUAAAACAGGCAUCCCCAACUUUCGGCCCUCCAGAUGUUUUGGACUACAAUUCCCAUCAUCCCUGACUACUGGUCCUGUUAGCUAGGGAUCAUGGGAGUUGUAGGCCAAAACAUCUGGAGGACCGCAGGUGGGGGAUGCCUGGCCUGAAAACUAAGCCUUAUGAGGAACGAUUGAGGGAAAUGGGUAUGUUUAGCCUGAUUAAGAGGAGACUGAGAAGAGAUAUGAUAGCCAUCUUCAAAUAUCUAAUGGGCUGUCACAUGCAGGAUGGAGCAAGCUUGUUUUCUCCAGCUCCGGACGCUAGGAACCAACCAAUGGAUUCAAGUUACAAGAAAUGAUAUUCAGACUAAACAUCAGGAAUAACUUUCUGACAGUAAAAGCUGUUCAACAGUGGAACAGGUCUCCACCAGAGGUGGCAGACUCUCCUUCACUGGAGGUUUCUAAAGCAGAGGCUGGUCAUCUGUCAUGGAUGAUCUAGUUAAGAUUCCUGCAUUGUGGUGGCUUGAACUAGAUGAGCCCUGGUGUCAUUCCAACUCCACAAUUCUAUGAUUCUAUUAUUAUUUUCCUGCUUCAAAAGCUUACUCAGUGAGCAUUCAUUUCUAACCACUCCUGUGUUACGGUAUAACUCCUGUAAACAGGAAGGAAAUUGUUACCAUGUAUUAUAAGCAUUUGCUUUUGAUGAUCUUCGUGCUUAGUGUGCACUGAGACAAUCCAUACCUAAUAAUGUAAGAACUGGUGUCAAUUCUAAAUGCAACAUGAUGUGUUUGUAGAACAAUCUGCAAAGGAGCAACAGUUAUAUUAAGUGUGCAAUACAAUGUUCCAUGAAAUGUAGUUUUGUCAUUAACAGUAAGAAAACUUCUUUUGAAAAAAGUAAGAGCUCAAUGGAAUGUAUUCAGCGACCUUUUACUCAGUGUAGAGAGAGCCAUUGGAAUUCAUCAUGGUCAUUUAUUUUAAUGGGUCUGUUAUGAAUGAAACUUAGCUGAACACAACCCAAGGAAAAUAAUACGAUGUUUUUAAAAUCUCAUUGCAAAGAAACAAACAUUUUCUUGCAAAACAAAAUAUCUCUAGCACCCUCAGCCAAAUAUCUUCAUUUGCUUUUCUGGAACCUUGAGUAAGAGAGAUUUGUUCAUCCUUCCUUCCGGAAAGCAUUUCUAAAUCUUCAAGAACAGAAUCCAGAUGUUGCAAUCUGGAAUAGAAAUGUUGUUUUGAGUGAAAUGGCCUGAACUGCAACACAAAUCUCUCUCUCUCUCUCUCUCUCUCUCUCUCUCUCUCUCUCUCUGUGUGUGUGUGUGUGUGUGUGUCACCAAUUUUGGGACCUUACAGAUUGAAAGAGCCCCACUAGGAACAAAACACAUAUCAUGCAAAGCAAGUUUUUCCAGUAAUAAUCUCUUCUAUCUGAAGCUCCUCUGUAACACUCUUGAGCCAUUAAAACAGUGUGGAAAACAAUGAAUCUUAUGCAAUACUAAUUUGCAUUUAAUAUAAGUUGCUCUUAGGAGAACUGUUUCCUGAUCUAGGUGUGACAUUAGGAUAUUAAUUUGUAGCUACAAGGGUCAAAUGGGAUCUGAACAGAAUGCUGAAGGUUGUUGCCUCACUUCCACCUUCCCAUCCACAUAGUGCAAGCAGAUAUCAUGUGCAGCAAAGAAAUAUAAAAAUGGCAAGUAAAACAUGUAGAUUAAUAGUUAAGGCAUUGUGAACUAGUCCUUAUUCCAGAAAAUCAUGACUCUUUCCACAUAACAUCACAAUCCCACUGUGUUCCUUAUGGUGAAAUGUUAUCCAAGUCACUUUGGCUAGAAUUAAACUUAUUCCAUUGACGCCCUGCUGAAAAAGAUGUAAUAACAAGGCCAAAGGCCAGAUCUAAAAUUUACUGAAGGAAUGUUGGAUAAAACCCUCUUAUUAUAAAUAGCUGCAAAUCACUUUGUUUUUAGCUUGUUAAAAAUUUAACUAAUUAAUGGAUUAAAUAGCAGAUACCUUCAGAUAACAUCUUGGGAUAAUGGUUAGUUGAUGGUCAUUGUUUGUAAUAUGUAUGCAUGUGUGUAUUGAUCAGUUUUUCCCAAACUUGGGUCUCCAGCUGUUUUUGGACUACAAUUCUCACCAUCCCUCACCACUGGUCCUGCUAGCUAGGGAUGAUGGGAGUUGUAGUCCAAAAACAACUGGAGAACCCCUGGUAUAUAGAUGAUAGAUAGAUACUGUCAAAACCAUGUUGAUUUUUAAUUGAUAUAAAGGUAAAGGGACCCCUGACCAUUAGAUCCAGUUGUGACUGACUCUGGGUUGCGGUGCUCAUCUCGCUUUACUGGCCGAGGGAGCUGGCAUACAGCUUCCGGGUCAUGUGGCCAGCAUGACUAAGCUGCUUCUGGCGAACCAGAGCAGUGCACGGAAACGCCAUUUACCUUCCUGCCGGAGCAGUACCUAUUUAUCUACUUCCACUCUGACGUGCUUUCGAACUGCUAGGUUGGCAGGAGCUGGGACCGAGCAACGGGAGCUCACCCCGUUGCGGGGAUUCGAUCCGCCGACCUUCCAAUCGGCAAGCCCAAAGCUCAGUGGUUUAACCCACAGCGCCACCCGCGUCCCUUAAAUGAUAUAGUGGCAUACAAAUACAUUUUAUGGGAGGAGAUCUCCUGAUAGGUUCUGUUUUAGGGUGGGCUUCCCAAAACCAUAGCAGCAGUUUCUCAGAGAAAGAGAAAUCACCUUUUGCAUUGUUCCAAGUCCAGUAUGGCAUUGCUAUUUUUUUCCUACUACUUGUGGGGGGGGGGAGAAAUGCACCCUCUUCAGUUUACCUUCCAGAAGUAUCUACAGCUAUUUAGUUUCACUUUGGACUGCAUUUACAUAACAAAGCAUAUAGUUAAGUAAAUUGUCUAGCCAGAUUUCCUAACAAUGAGUCUGGUUUGAGCUUUUUUUUGUAGUCCCUUCCUUGCAGCUUUAAAAUCACAGCUUGGAGAGGACCUCAAAAUUCAUUUAGUCUAACCCAGUGGUUCUCACCUUCUUGUGGGGGAGGAGGGGAAAGGAGAAUGUUAGCCGCUUUGAGACUCCUUAGGGUAGUGAUAAAGCGGCAUAUCAAACUUUAUCUUCUCAAACUUUAUUUGGGCCACGCUUCCAAAAUAAAAAUUUGCUCGUGCCACACCAAAAAUGUUAUUGACAAGAAAUACAUUGGAAAACAAAAAGAAACAACACUUAACAGUGCUUUAUUUAUAUUAUAACAUAGAAAACGACUACUUUUUAAUACAAUCAUGGGACAUCCAGAAAUUAUAAAACAUGCGGCUACAUAAGAGCACAAAUCAUUCCAAAAAUAUUAUAUUGAUUUGUCCUUGAAUCUUCCCACCACACUUGCCAUCCCCUCCUGCUACACCUGUGUGGCACACCAGGCCCUUUGAGAACCACUUGCCUAACCCAAGAUUAUUACACUGACCCCCCCCCCCUUGUAUCAAAUGCUGUAACAUUCAAGUGUGGGUGUUGUUCCUUUGCAAUUGAACUACUUUCCUAGGAUGCAUUUUAAUGUGUAGCUGCAUGUGAAGAAAUGUCGGCCCCUCUCGAUUCAGCAACAUCUUCAGAGUGUCCCGGCAACCACCCUCUUACUAAACGUUAUAAACUUCCACUAAAAAAGUAUGAACAUUGUUUAAAGGGUGGGGCUCAUACUGUGGUAUGUAUAAAAAUAUUUAUGCAUCGGUUAUUCCUCCUCUCCUGUUUCAUUUCAGCCCUAACUAAAAACCUAUAAAACUUGCUGGAGGAUGCUUUGGGUUCAUUAUAGGAUUCUAAAGCUGUUCUUAGCCUCAAACAAGUUGCAUGCCGGUGUGUGAGGUAGACAGAAUGGGUACAACACACGGGUCAAGUUCUGACUUCAUGUGAUUUGUGAUCUCUGGGUUAUGCCCUGAUUGGUUGAAUUCAUCACUCUCUCUGGAGUCGAGUAGAUUUUAUGACCUCCUCCUGGCUGUCUCAUAAUGCAGAAAUGUGUAAACAAGAGAGGCUGGCGUGUGGCGUUUUGCUAGGGAGCCUUGCGCCUGGGGAGCACUGGGGUUAUGGAAGGAGGUCCCCGCAUUAAAACUCUGGCAUGGAUUUCUUUUCAGCUUGUUUAAACAACAGGGCUGUGUGGAGUUUAGCUUGGGGGGAAGGAAUGUGAGCUGUUUGAAAUGGGAGGUUUCUCUGGGCUAUGGUAGCUGUCAGAUGUAUGUACACAAGCCUUAUCAGAACGAUAUGCCUUAUUUCUUUUGGCAGUUGUGCUUAUUUCACCUGAUUACCAUUUAUAGUAAAUGUUUUUUAAUGAGGCCUGAUGUGUCUGGGCCUGCAAUGACGAAGAGGCAAGAUGGGAAACAGCCCAAGAUUGCAAGGCGCAUAAGGCAAUGCUUGAAGAAUUACAGACAGCUCAUAAAGUAGCGAGGGCUCCUCCUCUUACUGUUUAAAAUUCUGAAUGAGCCACAGAUCCUAAUGGCCAGUGACAGUGAAGGCAUGGCCCAUGAUGUAACUUGCUCCCCAUCCAAAAGGAGCCAAGAUCAGGACAUUCCCUGCCACUGGCAGAGGAGGCCAUCAAAGGUCAACCAAGCACAGCAUGUAAAGAAGGCAGUUAGCUGUUGUAGUUAUGUCCACUAAAUGACAAACACCUCAAGUACUUCCUAGGAAAAUGGGAUGUUAUUUAUAUGUGACAGGAUCCAGCCAAAGUUAAUUUUUUUGUGCCCUAUCGAUUUGAUCAUGUGCAUAACUCUCCUACUCUCCUACUUAAAUCCACAUGCACUAACUGCUUGACUUUGCUUGGAUCAUGCCGUCGCUAUGGGGCAUAGCUGUCAACUUUUCCCUUUUCUUGCGAGGAAUCCUAUUCGGACUAAGGGAAUUUCCCUUAAAAAAAGGGAAACGUUGACAGCUAUGCUAUGGGGUGGGGGGUGGGGGCUGAGGGUGGGCUAGAUGCCUUUUUUUGUGUGCCCAGGUUAAGCCUCCAGAGGGGCACCAUUGAGGCUGCCAGCCUGUGUUGGUGUGUACAGAAAUGCGCAUGAAGGGUGCCAAACCAGAUCUUUGACCAGAGUGAAAUAAAGCCUAGUUUCACCCCUGAUCAUGCCCACAGCAUUACCUUAGCAUGGGACUACUUUGAGGAUGUAUUUGAAUACAAAGAAAUCCCCAAUGCCUAAUUUUUAAGAGGUAGAAAUAAUUCUGCUUUGGACACUGAACAAGAUAUUCUGCAUAGAGAACAACAAAAAGAGCUGCGGCCAAUUCAGAUUUGAAACCUGGCACAGCAUCACUGUGUGCAUGGCUUAUGAAAGAACAUAAAAUACAUUUCUAGCUCUUGUGGUUGAGGAAAAAUGUAGCAGAAGGUCAAGACUUUAUUUUGAUGACCCUGCUCUGUUUUUAGGGGCCUUGUGGGCUUGACAUUUUGCAAACUCCUUAUAUUUUUCUUCUUCAACUGGCUGGGGUUCAAAAUUGUCUAAGUGUGUGGGUCACAGUCUGUACAAAAUGUACAAAUUGCCAAUUUAGUCCCAAAAAGCCUUGACUAACCUAGGCUGAAUACACUUAACUUCCAAGUCAUGUAAGAUUCUUCAUUUCUCCCUGUGCUGGUUAUAUGCAUGAUUGCACAAGUCUUCACUACUGGCCAUGCAUUUUUCCUUCCCACUCUCUUGGAAGCCUACCUAUGCGCAAGGUCUUUAGCCACAUGACCUUUCCAUGUCCAUGUUAAAGUUACAGUGCUUCGCAUCACUUCAGCUAAGAAAGUAUUCAUGUUUGGAAAGUGGAGCACAGACAGCUGAAAGAACCUAGAAUUUCAUGCUUAGUGUGAAAAUGACCUGCAGCUCUGGAAGACAGGCUUCUGUUAACAGAUACAGUGGUACCUCGGGUUACAUACGCUUCAGGUUACAGACUCUGCUAAUCCAGAAAUAGUGCUUCAGGUUAAGAACUUUGCUUCAGGAUAAGAACAGAAAUCGUGCUCCGGCGGCACGGCACCUUCCGGUUAAGAACAGUUUCAGGUUAAGAACGGACCUCCGGAAUGAAUUAAGUACUUAACCCGAGGUACCACUGUAUAUUACAUUUCCACAGCACUUACACCACAAUAUUUUAUACCUGGAAAAUGCAAAUGAGCAUCAAAGGAGCUGACCUGAUUAAUCAUAAGUAACACAGCUCUUAAACAACCCACAUAGCUGCCAAGUAUUUUGAACUUCUAUAUUAUUUCAAGAUCAGAUUCAACCAACCAGCCCCACCAGAGGAAGCCCACACAAAGGGCUUCCAUCCUCUCCUAAAGGUAAAGGUAAAGGUACCCCUGCCCGUACGGGCCAGUCUUGACAGACUCUAGGGUUGUGCGCUCAUCUCACUCUAGAGGCCGGGAGCUGGCGCCGUCCGCAGACACUUCCGGGUCACAUGGCCAGUGUGACAUCGCUGCUCUGGCGAGCCUGCACCAGCGCAGCACACGGAACGCCGUUUACCUUCCCACUAUAAAGCGGUACCUAUUUAUCUACUUGCACUUUAAGGGUGCUUUCGAACUGCUAGGUGCGCAGGAGCUGGGACCGAAAGACGGGAGCUCACCCCACCGCGGAGAUUCGAACCGCCGACCAUACGAUCGGCAAGUCCUAGGCACUGUGGUUUUACCCAUAGUGCCACCCGCGUCCCCCAGCCAUCCUCUCCUCCCACCCUCUAAAUUGGCCAGGGGGUUAGGAAAACCACCAGAAGAGUGGGGGGGGAGAGGAGAUUAUUCCAUUUGACAAGCUGAAAUGCUUGUGCUAAUGAAACAAUCACCUUAGCACUACAAUGAAUUCCUCCUUAAAAUUAAUGAUUUUUUAAUUUAAUAUCAGUUUUAUUUUUAAAUAUUUGAACAUUGCAUGUUUCCUGUUGUACAACUCUAGCAUAAGAGCAUCAGAAUAAAUUGCUUCUAUUCAAAUGUGGUGGACGAGUUUUUCUCCUCCCUCUCCCAUCCCUGUCAUGCCAUCUACGUUUUCCUUGUACUGGAGAAGUCCCAAUGAAAUUCAACAGCAGUCAGCAAGACUACCACAAAAGAUUUAGUACAACCUAAAAAAACCAUGUUUCAGAAAACAUAAAUCCUAAACCCUUCACUGCAGGAGACUGCUUUACAUUUUGCUCUAAUAAUCAAUGCCCUUUGAAAUGCAAUUGAACUCAUAGCUUCCUCAUAGAUCUGGAAGCUACAGCAAAGAACCAUAAGCCAGCUAUGCGUUUCUCUAGAUCUCUUUAUAACUUCUAAAUUAGUGAGUGGAAUUUAUUCCCAGCAGUACAACAUUGCUGUCACCAGCAAAGAGAAGGCGAUGACAUUAAAAAGUAAUUGACAUUAAGAUGGCUAUGACAUUAACAUUAAUUAUGUUUGAUACAUGCUUGAGGUGGAAUCUAUUAAGACUCCAGGCUUCAAGCUUCAGCACAUUCAGACAUUUAGUCUUUCCCUUACUUCUUACCUGUUACACUCCCCACCCCACCCCACUUUUGAUUCUCUCCCUGUAAUGGGGCACUACGAACGUGUGGGUAUUCUGUAUAAGCCUAUUUCAAGAUAGAGGACGUAUUUUGUAAAGCCGCAGAGUUUAGGUUACAUUGCUGGAUUAAAUUCUCAGAAUGAACUUUGAUGAGAAAUGUCAAGGGGAUUUUGUUCCUGUUUCAUUGAUAAUGCCACAAUUCCCUUUGCGGACACAAUCUGGUCUUCAGGAGGAAAGAAACAUAAAAACAAGGCAAGGUUGUAGGGUUCAAGCCCACCGGCUUGGCCCCCCCUGGACAGUGGAUGCCUGGGGCCAUGUGUGUGCAGUCUGCUCCCUCACACCCAGCCUCCUGGGUCAGGUCUGACUCGGGAGGCAGAGAGAGGAAGGAAAGUUGCAGCAGCAGUGCCACUCCUUUUCACAGCUGGGCAGCACACCUUGCAUGGCUGGGCGCAGUGGGCUCCCAUAUCAUGUUUGACGGACAUGCAAAAAGAUGUGGGAAUUUUGGCAGGAAAUUUAGAACGAAUUAAAAAAGAUGUUUAAAGUCUCGUUCCCCCCAAAGCAUUCCUCUUAGGGAUCACUGGGAAUGAAAUCCCAAGAGAUUUUGAGAAAAUCUUUAUGUAUGCCACCACGGCAGCAAGAGUCUUGGUUGCCCAGAUCUGGAAAAUGGAGACCUUACCGAGAAAGAGAGACUGGUUGAUCAAAUUGAUGGUGUAUGUAUGCGGAAUUGGACAAGCUGACAGGUCAGAUAAGAGAUCAAACAAAGCAAAAAUUUAAAAAUGAUUGGAAUAUAUUUAAACAGUAUUUGAAAGACCAUUAUGGAGAAUUACAUUUUUUUUUACCGGUUUAGAAUAACUCCUGUAAGGAAAAAAAUAGUAAAAUAUAAUGGAAUUAGGUUACCAAAUAAAAAGUUGUGUCAGGAGGGGCAGUUGAUUACGUAAAACUGAGAACCCAAGUAAGAAGGGGAGGGAAGUCAAAUGCAAAUGGAUUACAAUUGAAUCAAACAAAUAAGUAUGUAUUUUUGUGUUUCUUAUUUCCUUUAUUAUGUUCUAUAAAUAUAUGUUUAACCUACAGGAAAACCAAGUUAUGACAAUGUGAUGUGAUGAAUGUAUGUUUAAAGAAACUAAUAAAAAUGAAUUGCAAAAAACGGGAGAAUAUCUUCCACAGCUGGGCGUGCUGACAUCAGGUGCAUACACCCCCACGGUGUGCACGGCCCCAUGCAAAAAUUUGUGGGUGCCCUCCCCCUUCAUGGGGAAUGUUGUGGGGGCUGGAGCACCCACAGUCCCUCACACUCGGCACCUAUGGUGGGGUUGAUGCUUUUCCAUUAUCUACAUGGGUGCAAUCUAGUGUUCGGGACGAAAGGAGAAUAAGAGAAAGAUUUUUGGGGAGGGGGUUGUCUUCUGCUAUCCAUGUGAUUCUCACACCUAACACUCUUCCUUAUCAAAUUAUAAUUUUGUGUUACAUAAAGGCAAGUACUGAAACUACAUGUAUCUUGUUACAAUAAUGCAGCCUGUUUUCUAUGCAUCUGCCACCCAAUACAUAAAAGUGUCUUCUUUCUGCCUAGUUGUCACCAAAUUCUUCCAAAUAGCAGUGGCUCAGCAUGGCCAAAGGUCAGGCAUAAUAGGGGCUGUCUUCCAGCACUAUCUGAAAAGGAUAAAGGGAAUUAGAAUUGCAAAUACUGGUUUCAGUAUUUACAAUUAAAACUAGAUUUUGCAGCUUAUUUUAAAUAAAUAGGCAACCUUCCUUAUAUCUGCUUUUUAUAAUAUAUGCAUCUUUACUCUCUCCACAUUCUUUCCAGCUUUCCUGAUAUUUUAUAAGAAAGUGUGCUUUAUAAAUUUUAAUAAAUUAAACAAAACUAUCCUAUAGCAGAGCCCCCUUUCUCCCUUGAUAUCCUGCCACCUCUCCUUUUCUAUGAUGUGCUUCCUUCAUUCCCCUUGUCCAAGUCCUUCUGCCCACCCUGUUCCUCUUUGUAGCAGAACUCAGCCAACCAUCGAUGUCAAGACAGUUCACCACCACCGAAUUGUUUAACAUGUUACGAUAUAAACUGUAGCGUACAUAAAAACAAAAAGCCACCAUAGACAAUGAUGGAAGCUCACACUCUUAGCGAGAUGUGCCUCACUUUGCCCUUUAUUCAAGGAGAUUCUCAUUCCUGCAGGAAAGCUUCGUUUUUGUUUGGCUGCUUGCAUUUGUAUUAUUUCCUCGAGAAAGCAUCUGUGUCUGAAUUUCUAUUCCUGGCCCAACAGUUUCUUUGAAUUGCCAUUAAAUAAGAAGUCCAACACAUAUUAACUGCACAGAUCUCUCUGAACACACCUUUUGCAGGCAGGUGCACAAAUUUCCACGCCACUCACUGUACAUCCUCCAGUUUUCAAAACUGAAAAAUGAAAGAGUUAUACCUUUCUUCUUUUUUUAAAAAAAAGUUUUUGUGAGAGCAUAAACAUUAUCUUAGGUUACAUGCUUAUGUGAGGAAAUCAGCCCUAAAUCAUCCACAAAUAUACCCAUUUCUAUUUAACAUCUAGGAAUCAUAGUGCAAGCCUGUGUGGGUGUGUGGGUGUUCUUGGCUCAGUCAAUAUUUUCUUUAUUUUCAGUAUAAGUUUUUGUGUCCAUUUCUGCUCUCUGAGGAAUAUGUGGAUUUGGCUGAAAGAAAUAAAGUAUCUUACAAAAAUCCAAAGCCACCUACAGGCUUACAUCUGAGCUAGUUCCAUCACCUAAGCAGUUUCAAUACCACAAGAAACAGUAGUAGCUAAAAAUAUUAAAUAUCCCCCUUUUCUUCCAUCAUAUGACACUUCCUCAUUUCCUCCUUGCAGUGGCAUCAAUGGAAAGCAGCCUGACCCAACUCUAUAAUUUGUUUGCACAACCAAACAAAAACAAAGCCGGAAAAAUAUGGCUAGUUCAUACAAUACCAGGACCCAAUACAAGCCGCAAUGGACUUGUCAGGACAGUAGGUCCACAGGGGCAUGUGACUCAAACCAGACAUCAUUUAGGAAACAGCUUACCAAGGGAGUUUGCCCAGGUCAAGAUGGGGUGAAGCUGAUUUAACGGGAAGCUGACCAAGGGAGUCUAUACUUAAAUAUCCAGGAAUGGUCGUGGGCAGAUCUGUGUCUGCAAAGUCAAGAUGCCCUACUUUGAAGAAUGGGUAAUUCUGAAACAAAACCUAGGAAGGUAUAAAGACUUAAGAAGACAAACAUAUGAGACAACCCUGUUGUCAGCCAUGGACUUCCUGAGGGUUUGCCCUUACUCAUAUAUAUAGGAAUUCUAAACUGCCUUUCAUCAAACUAAAAACCCUACAAUAGCUCUCAGUUGCACUUCACUGUCAUCUAUCUGAUAAUCCCUACCCAUCUAAACAGGUCUUUCUGCCUUCACAGCCCACAAUCACUUUGAAGACUGGUACUGGAAGUUGUGGGGAAAUAUAUUUACAGAAGUUCACUACAUUAUCCAUUUUCAGUGCCAGAUAUGAGAAUAAGAAAUAACAUGGAAAAACUUGAAAAUCUAAGUUUGGGAAGCAUACCCAAAAUAUUGAUGACAGAAUGGCUGCAGUACUUUGCAGGCAUUACUUUUAUUCCCAGGGUAUUGGCAACAUCAUGGGAGUAAAUGUGAAGUCUGGAAGUGCUCUAUAUCCACAUAGCCUCUCUUCAAGCUAAAUGUUGUGCUGCUCCUUAAGCCACAGCAGAACUGUGAUGUCUGCUUCACAAAUAGCUGUAAACAGCGCAUUGGAAUCUCAGACUGAUAGCAGUUAGAAGAAGAAGAAGAAGAGUUUGGAUUUGAUAUCCCGCCUUUCACUCCCUUUAAGGAGUCUCAAAGUGGCUAACAUUCUCCUUUCCCUUCCUCCCCCACAACAAACACUCUGUGAGGUGAGUGGGGCUGAGAGACUUCAAAGAAGUGUGACUGGCCCAAGGUCACCCAGCAGCUACAUAUGGAGGAGCGGAGACGCGAACCCGGUUCCCCAGAUUACGAGACUACCUCUCUUAACCACUACACCACACUGGCUCUCAAAGUUUCUUUCUUUUUCUUUUAAUUUUUUUAUUCAAACAAGCAACAAAACAUUAAGCUAAAAGUAAUAAUAAAAGCAGUCAUAAAAGCAGGUAGAAUAAAAUUACAGGAUAAUAAAAUAAUAGUUGUAAUAAUUCAUAGAAGGCUUAAAAAUGAAUGAGUGGUGUAAAAUAUAUUCCAUAGCAGAAUAAAAGGUAAAAUGUUCAUAUUUCUACCAAACAUAUCGUUGUUGUUGUUUAGUCGUGUCCGACUCUUCGUGACCCCAUGGACCAGAGCACGCCAGGCGCUUCUGUCUUCCACUGCCUCCCGCAGUUUGGUCAAACUCAUGCUGGUAGCUUCGAGAACACUGUCCAACCAUCUCAUCCUCUGUCGUCCCCUUCUCCUUGUGCCCUCCAUCUUUCCCAACAUCAGGGUCUUUUCCAGGAAGUCUUCUCUUCUCAUGAGGUGGCCAAAGUAUUGGAGCCUCAGCUUCACGAUCUGCCCUUCCAGUGAGCACUCAGGGCUGAUUUCCUUAGGAAUGGAUAGGUUUGAUCUUCUUGCAGUCCAUGGGACUCUCAAGAGUCUCCUCCAGCACCAGAAUUCAAAAGCAUCAAUUCUUCGGCGAUCAGCCUUCUUUAUGGUCCAGCUUUCACUUCCAUACAUCACUACUGGGAAAACCAUAGCUUUUACUAUACAGUGGUGCCCCGCAAGACGACUGCCUCGCAAGAUGGAAAACCCGCUAGACGAAAGGGUUUUCCGUUUUUGAGUUGCUUCGCAGGACAAAUUUCCCUAUGGGCUUGCUUCGCAAGAUGAAAAUGUCUUGCGAGUCUUGAGAUUUUUUUUCCGCUCCCCCCCCCCUUUAUCUAAGCCGCUAAGCCUUUAAUAGCCUUUUAGCAGCUAAUCUGCUAAACCGAUAAGCCUUUAAUAGCCGCUAAACCGCUAAUAGCGCUAAUCCGUUAAGCCGCUAAUAGGGUUGCUUCGCAAGACGAAAAAACCGCUAGACGAAGACACUCGCGGAACGGAUUAAUUUCGUCUUGCGAGGCACCACUGUACGGACCUUUGUUGGCAAGGUGAUGUCUCUACUUUUUAAGAUGCUGUCUAGGUUUGUCAUUGCUUUUCUCCCAAGAAGCAGGCAUCUUUUAAUUUCGUGGCUGAUGUUGCCAAAUAAAUUCAUAUUUAGCAGGAAUGUGCCAACCAUGAGAUUGUUUCUUUUUUAAUAGUAUAAAAUGCACGUCAGGUGGUUUUAGCAAACUUUUGCCAAGGGAUAACUGAUUGGCCUUAGGAUCUGCAAGAUGAAACUGUGGGUUGGCUCUGUCACCAGGCAUAUAUGCUUUGUCCCUAACCCGGUUGGUUGGCUAAUUAAUGAACAUAGAGAAAACACAUUAAUUUUGAAUUUGCAUUUCACAAAUGAAGCUGAAGAUAAACAAGAUUUAAAUGCCUUCUACCUGUGAAUUCUGGUGCUUGGCAGGAGCUUCAAGCGAGGAACAGAAAAGUAUUUGGAAUUAUAGAUAAUCAGUCAAGACUACAGCCAUACUGUGCCCACCUCCCAUUCCUAUAUGCUAUGCCAGAAUAUGUAAAGCUCCACCAAGAAAUGGAACACUGUACUAAAAUAGAUAUCCAAGGUUCAUUCUGUCAAUAUAAGGACCCAAACUGCCUUAACUCUGAAAAUCUUAUUCAGCAUUAACCCCGCUUUCUGCAUCCUGACACAUCUCAGAUCUCCUGACUUAAAAUUUCGGACUUAGAUACUUGAUUCUUGCCCAUCAGUGCACUCUGUCUUGUCUUCCUGACUCUAGUGAAUGGGUAUCAGCUUAAAUCUAAAUACUCUUGUUGUAUCUGCUACUAGCAUUAAGGUACCUGAGAAUUACUAUGCAUUUGGCUUAAACUCAUCUCUAAGCCUACAAAUGAUUAGGUUUCUCUGUCCCAUUAGCUAGGAACACAGGUGGUACAAAUAAAACAAGAUCUCAAAUAAGCUUUGUUUUCUCAGAUGCAAAAAAUUGUAUUUAUUUUUCUAAUACCAUCAAAUACUGCUCUCAAUUUCACAUGUGUAUUUGCUUUUGCGUUAAUCCAAACAGGAUAGAUCACUGUAUGAUUUAUCAAAACAAUCACCACUUCCCAAGAGAGCUCAUCUUGGGGAGGUGGGGCAAAUGCCACAGGAAAAAAAAUCAUAAGCAUUAGUAAAGUUAGACUGUUUUCACCAAUUUUGAGAGCUACCUUUGUGCAACCUCUGGCUGCUGUGCUUUGUUGUCCCCCCUCACUGUAGAGAACUGUUGUUCCCUGAGGCUGAGAGGCACUGUUCUAUGUGCUGUGAAAAGAAGAGUCACCAAUGAGACAAAAUGAGUUGAUUUAAAUGUUUGCACUGAAGUUAAAAUGAAUAAGGCAGGCGUUGUUUCAAAACUACUCAUUUCUCCUCCCCCCCAAAAAAAAUCACCUAAUGUAUGCAUACAAUACCUUUGCAAAAAUGCUCAUUAAUGUCAGUGUUUUGCCCUUUUGUCAGUUUAUCAAAUUAAAGUUUAAGAUGAUUUUAAAACAGAGCAUUUCCUUUCCUCCCCAUUUAAUAAUAAUAAUAAUAAUAAUAAUAAUAAUGAUAAAUUUUAUUUGUAUCCCGCCCUCCCCAGCCAAAGCCAGGCUCAGAGUGGCUGACGUCUUAUAAAUAAGGCAAUAUGCAUAAUACAAUAUACAAUAUGCAAAUAAAAUAACAUUCAACAUUCAUUAAAAUAAUAUAGAAUACAGUAAUACUAAAUAGCAGCAUUUCAAAAUUAAACAGAAAUCCACUCUUAACAGUUAGAAUAAGUAAUUUCUAAAAGAAGUUUUUUAGCUAACUAUGAAGUUGGUUUGAGGCCUCCAAGAAUCUUUAUCAGGUACAAAUGAAAGAGGGCCAAUCUAACUAACAUUGUAUCAAAUGGAACUUCUAAAAACAUUCUGCUGGUGUUAUUUGUGUGCAUAUCAGUGUUUUUUUUUGGGGGGGGGGAAUCCUGAAAACCUGAUCCACAAGCCAUCUGUAACUAAGAGGUGUUGUAACUCAAAAUAACUUCUUGCAAUAGUGGGCUGCCUGGGCACAAAGGAAAACGACCCCUCUACCCCUUUUUCCUAGGCUAAGGUACAUAUACUUCCUCUGACCUUCAUAGAAUGUGCUCCUUGGUAACAUGGCUGGCCUUUUCACAUCUAAUUAGUAGAUGUGCUCUGCAGCAGCCCACGUGGAGCAACAUUUGUUCUGGUUCAGCAUGUUAGAAACAUUAUGCUCACUCACUCACCCAAGCUCAAUGACAUCUCAUAGCUCUCAGCUGAAGCAUCUUUCUGUUCAGGUCACUGAUAGCAAGAUGGUUGCUUAUGCAAAAGGUCUUUGCAGCUUCAGCCAGACCUAGGGCAUCUUCACUCUGAAACUGGGACAAGUGCCCAAUGGAAGCUGCAAAGGUCACAGGAAUGCUUGUUGGGACACAGUACAAGUUUAUUCUUGUUCAGGGCUUUCCUCAGACAACAUCCCUAGGCUCUUUGGCCUUAGCUAGAGGAGAAAACAUCAGAGGCUCUGUAUAUGUGUGUGUGUGUUUGCGUGUAUACACAAAUAGAAUGAGAAAAAAUAGUGACUGGGGACAAAAAACUAGGCAGGGGUGGGGCUCUUAAGAAUAAGGCAGCAAUAAGCAGGUUCACUUCAGAAGGAAAAGCAGUGUUGUGAGGAAUGUGAAUAUAAUAGACACCAGCAUAGCUCAGAGACAUGAUAAUCUAAUCAAUUUAUUACUAUAUCUGCCUGAGGAGAGCCUCAGCAUAGGAUACGUGAUAUUACUUAUUUUCUGUGUAUACAGAGGAGUACCCUCUGAUCCCAGCAAAAUGCCUUCUGGUACGAUAUGUAGAUUAGUUGGUUAAGCAGACUCACCGUGGCCUAGCUCCUGAACCCCUAAUUUACCACUGCUUCAAAGAUAUCAGUUUAGUGGAACCACUGACACAGAAUACCUGUGGUGGAAAAAAAAACGUACUAGAGGCACUUAAAAAAACCACCACAUCACCCCCAGCCCAGUCGCCCUUCAGUAACAAACAUAUUCAACUUGGAGAACCUGAAAUAUACUUCUCUUUCUGGUUUGGAUAGGCUAGGAAGAACUUUGGAAUGACCUGUCUGGAGGAACUGAGAAUCCAAUACUUUUUUAUGCUAGGUGACUUUUGCAUGAGAAACUUCAUAACUGCAUUCAUAGAUAUGCAUACCACAAGGGUGAAAGUAAGCAAUAUAAAUCCACGCUUACUGAAACUGUAACACACAAAAAUAUCUUAAUGAUACAGACUCACAUUCUCUAGUCUACACUAUAAGGAACAUGGGGGAGUGGCUGUUGUUGUCAUUCAUAUUUUUGCCCAGAGGAAAUCUGUGGUCAUCCAUGCAUGUUUUGGAAUAGGUGGGAAUAUGAAAAGUGACACAGAACAUUAGGCAUUCAUUUUUGUCUCAUAUUAGCAACACUUGUAGUGGGUACGUGAACUGUCAUAUCUUGUUAUGAGCAAGUAUUGGAACAUAACUGAGCACUUCACUACUGUAACUUGAAAAUGGCUAACAGGGAAUGAAGCUUGUACCUGAAAAGUGACUUUCAUUGAUUGUGAUGGGAGGUACACCAAGGUUACUUCUUAAGAUCCAACGUGCAUGUGUUUCAAAAUAAAGCUUUUUCCUAAAUGCACACUCACUCUGUUAGAAUUUGGCAAGGUUUAUAUCUAGCAUUAUCAUUUUAUCGUCAAAUGUCUCGAUAUAAAUAUGACUCGUCUAGAAAUUAAUUUUGAUGACUUCAAAAAAAAUUCAUAUCUUCCCCUUUCAAAGAAGAUCACUGCAAAUGUCAUGCAAACUAACAGCUUGACCUGGAUUUUAAACAGAACUAAACCAGAUCCAGUGCCAGCAGUAAGAGUUCAAAUCACACGGGCCCGUCUUUAGUACGAAGCAGGAUCCAUGGAGGAGUCAGGCAAACCUUCAAUCCCACCAAAAAUUAACAGAUCCAGCCACACUGCUAAAUUCAGCCAACCUUCAGGAGCUGCUUCAGAUACAAGUGAUCACAGUGUGCAGCUCCAGUGUUGAUUUAAUUUAUUUAUAUGCUUCCUGUCCACAGUGAGCUGUGCCCAAAGCAGUUUACAACAAACACCUAUUUAUUAUCAAAAUACAAAAAAGGAGUGGGGGGGAGCCAAUCUGCAAAAGAUAUAAAUAAAUACAAAUAGGACAAAAUCAACAAUUCAACAAAACGCAGAAUAGAUUCAAUAUUACUAAAGAAAUACUCUAGACUUAAAAGACAUAAGAGCAAAAAGGAAGUUAACAGACAAUAACAUUCCAGCUGCUGAUGCUGGUCUUACUGCACUGUCAAGGAACUUCAGCAGCCUUUCAUAGGGGGAGGGAUCUUCUCCCCCGGACUAGAAGAUUUACAGCUGGCCCCUUCAUCUCUCCUUCAGAGACUGUUUGGGUCUCUGGUGGCAAUAAUCUGCUUGAUGACAUACUGGCCAUUACAGUCCUACUGUAUUUUCUCUUGAAUUGGCCACUUAUAGUCAGGUCAACAUAAAGGUGCUAAGUUCUAUUUCAAGAACUGGGUAGCUGUCUUGGAAUAAAUGUAACUUUUUGAUCUUACAUGCCCCAUCGGUGUAGGAACAACAGAUUUCUCAAAACGCAGCUGAAUAGAAGGGAUAAAUGCUAACACUCAGCAACAGAACGGCAUUUGUAUCUUCACUUGCCUCUACGCACAAACUUUACAUUCUGUUCUGUCUCUGAGGGGCAACAACAUCUGCUGCCUUCUGCAUCACACUUUUUGCUAGUGUUAUCCUGCAUAAACAUUGGUCUUGGAAAUAGCCACAUCUUGCCUCAUGUUGCCUUUUGCUGUGUGGUCAACUUUUAGCGACAUGUGCUUCUGAACACCUAUUCCCCCCUCUUCACUUUUCUAUUGCUAUACAAGAAAUGUUUGGUGUUCAGAUAUCAUACUAGUACUAUUAUAUCUAGAGGACACCUGAACAGCUGACACAAGCAAGUGUAUAAUGUCACCGGAACCAGACAGGUUGUUGGACAAGUACCUUGCCAUGAGGUAAACAUGUCUGAAAGUAUUAAAUAGCAAUAAGUAAGAAAACUUCUGCAUACACGCUGAAGCUUUUUCUCAUUCGUAGAUCUUUGCCUUCUGGAGUGCAGAAUCGUGACAAUCUUAUGAUGGCCUAAGGUAAAGGGACCCCUGACCAUUAGGUCCAGUUGUGACCGACUCUGGGGUUGUGGCGCUCAUCUCACUUUAUUGGCCGAGGGAGCCAGCAUACAGCUUCCGGGUCAUGUGGCCAGCAUGACUAAGCCGCUUCUGGCGAACCAGAGCAGUGCACGGAAACGCCGUUUACCUUCCCGCCGGAGUGGUACCUAUUUAUCUACUUGCACUUUGACGUGCUUUCAAACUGCUAGGUGGGCAGGAUCAGGGACUGAGCAACGGGAGCUCACCCCAUCAUGGGGAUUCGAACCACCGACCUUCUGAUUGCCAAGCCCUAAGCUCUGCGGUUUAACCCACAGCGCCACCCGCAUCCCAUUAUGAUGGCCUACAGAAAGACAAAUUAUAAUUAAAUCUAAUCAUGUUUACAUAGUCCAACAAUUAUAAGAUAGGUGGCUCAGGGCAUCCUUGUGGGAGAGUUAUGUAUUUGUCAUAGAAUAGGUAAAAGUUUAAUUUUCUGGCUUAGGGACUUGAACCAGCAGUUGAUUGAACUAAGGGCUAAUUUGAUCCUUUAUAAAACAACUUCCUUAGCAGACAAAAUCACUGUUAAGAUCAGUCACAAUCCCAGAUCGUCAUGAUGAUGCAGAAUACACUGUACACGUAUACUGCUUUUGGCAUCCAUCUGUCUCAAAAGACAAUGGAGUGCGCUUCUGGGAGUGACGUCAAACCCUGGAGAAUCAAUGCCUGCUGUUACUGCACAGACCAGUAACUCAUAUCUGCUGCCUACUGCAUUGUUUUUGUUGUGUUAGUAGCCCCAAAGUGAUCUCUCCAUGGCACAAUCCUGGGCAGUGUGUAUGAAGGUCCUGGGCUGCCCGGAUGGCAAGCCCCUCGCUGAUGGGUCCAAAGGAAAGCAGAGCAAUACAUCUGUCACCAGCUUGGCUGGAAGGAGGCAUUUGUUGUUGUUGUUUAGUUGUUUAGUCGUGUCCAACUCUUCGUGACCCCAUGGACCAGAGCACGCCAGGCACUCCUGUCUUCCACUGCCUCCCGCAGUUUGGUCAAACUCAUGCUGGUAGCUUCGAGAACACUAUCAACCAUCUCGCCCUCUGUCGUCCCCUUCUCCUUGUGCCCUCCAUUUUUCCCAACAUCAGGGUCUUUUCCAGGGAGUUUUCUCUUCUCAUGAUGUGGCCAAAGUAUUGGAGCCUCAGCUUCAGGAUCUGUCCUUCCCGUGAGCACUCAGGGCUGAUUUCCUUUGGAAUGGUUAGGUUUGUUCUUCUUGCAGUCCACGGGACUCUCAAGAGUCUCCUCCAGCACCAUAAUUCAAAAGCAUCAAUUCUUCGGCGAUCAGCCUUCUUUAUGGUCCAGCUUUCACUUUCAUACAUCACUACUGGGAAAACCAUAGCUUUAACUAUAGGGACCUUUGUUGGCAGGAAGGAGGCAUACAAGACGCCAUCUAAACAUCUUAGGGACUCUACUCCAGAUUCUUGUAGGGUUUACCCCUCAGCCUAUUCUUAAUAUUGUUUCCCAUCUAGCCAUGCAUCAUAGUCUCCCUUCAACCAGCAUUAUUAGGUUUGAUAUGUGCAAUAUUUAGAUCCAGGGCAAGGUUUAGCAACCCAAAUAUGUUGGGCUUUCUGUUAACUAUCAUCUUAACCUGAACAUCUGACAAGCAAGUACAUGCACCCAUCUGCCCUCCAUCUCUCUUCCCUUCCCUAGGAGUUUGUACCUACAACUGAAACAAAUUGGAUAAAUGCCUCAGGUAUUCCUGUCUCCAGCUGCAGAUGUAAUAACUGCAGACAAUUUUCUUGUACAGUACUGUCAAGUUCUCUGUGAAGGUCUGAACAUCAGAGGCUAUAAUUUACCUGCUGUUUGGUAUGUUACAAUAAUCAGGAAAAAACUGUUUCGUCUGUUGAGAGGGCACCUAGCCUGUCAGGCAACAGGCAACAAAACUUUGCAAUGCUCAUAAGAUAAAUAUUUUGUAAACAGUUAAAAUUGGAAGACAUUGCUCAAAGCAGACAUUAUCAGCUGUUGAUUGCCAUGUUAUUAGAUUUCUCAUAUUUUACUAGCAAUACAUACUGACAUAAAAUAUGAAGAAACAACAGUUGUCAUUCCAAAACUCUUUCCAAUUUUCAGUGUGAUUUCUCAAGUAGGCUGGUCCGACAAAUAAUGCUUUCUUCAGCUUCUACCCCAAAGAAGCUUGAUUAUGAUGGCUAUUCAGCCACAUUUAAAGGUAAUAUCCUUUUAUUUAUGGCAUUCUGCCAAAACAGAACAGCCGCAAUCUCCAGCCCAUUUUUCCAUCAGCAAUUCCACUUUAAUACUCUCUCAAAAUUUCAUCGUACAUUCUGUCCUAGUACAGCAACUUUUGUGAAGGAGCCAGGAAAAUAAUGGUCACUUCCCCACCUACACAGCUGUUGACCACCACCCAUGAUUCAACAGGUAUAUAUAUAUAUCUGUACAGUACCCAUCAUAUUUCCACCUUAUAACUGCUUCUAAUUGGUAUGUGUGUGGACGGGUGGUAUUUAAUCUUUAAAUCUACAAUUUGUUCUUUAUAGCUUGAUUUGAUCCUUACUAAUUUCUUUCACUUCAGACCUCAAAUGCCUCACAAUGCUUAAAAGAGCAAAGAAAUUUACUUUCAUUUUAUCUUUGUGUCACUUGAAACUUUAAGCGCAUGUGAUUCAAAUUAGGUAGAGCCUCUGAGGCACUAUGUUUUAUAUUGAUGGGCCUCUCUGUCCUCUUUGUUUUGAGCCUAGCUAGCUGCUCCCUCUGGGAGCUGACUGCAAUAAAAUAUUUUUUUUAACCCGACACUUCUGACUCUCUACCAAAUUCCUGAAACCACAGAUCAGACUAGGAAAGCAGGCUGCAAGCAUCAUGCAUGUGGGGCCGGGUCUCACUUAUUCUGAGCGCUCACACUCUCGGGAGAAGGUGACCUAUAGCCUCUCUUCCAUUGCUAGCCAAAGAAUACAAAGAGCAGAUGUCCCAGUAUGUACAUCGUCUGGGCAUAACUGAGUGAUUAUCCCACAGAAUGUUCCAACUCGUUUCCAACUUUCCCCUCCUCUGCAAGAAAAAAUCUGCAAAAAGGCACCACUUGCACAUUGGCUCAACUUCUGAAGUUAUUAAGGAUAGCAAAAUCAAAGUUUAAGUGAAGAAAAGGAAGCCUGAAAACAGAAUUGCAGCCAAUGUUAGUUAUACUUAGUAGUCCCAUUAAAAUUAAUGAGCAUUACAAACUUAGGUUCAUUAAUUUCAAUGGGUCUACUCUGAGUAGAACUUACUUGGCUACAAAUGUAUCAUUUUUUGUUAGUAUAGAAUUAGAUUUACAGAACUCUUAAAAAAAAAACCAACUUCUCCAGGUUAAUCUACACAAUAUUUUAUUCUUGUCACAGCCCAUGGUGUUUGUAGGCAUUAUAACAUAGCAGUGAAAAUUUGUCCCAAGGAAGCAGCAGGAGAGUGGUUAAAAUACCACUUGAUCUAAUAAAAAUAUAGUUGACAGCAUCAGGACCAAUGCAGAAGCAAGACCCAAAAGGAGAAGCAUUUCAAGGAAAAGCAUUUCCUGAAUGUAUGCAAUGUUUUGCUAAACUGGGAAUCAAACAUCAAUUUCUUCUAUGGCUGUACAGCAGCCUGUCAAUGUCUCUAUCCAUCUUUAACAAAUUAAUAAGUAUUAUUACAAAAUUGCUUAAGACUGAGUUUUCAAUGGAUGCAAGGUAGGAUAGAUGUGAACACCAUACAGUACCAACUGCUUACAUGAAAGCCCUGCCUCUUUAAAAGGCCAGUUGUUUCACAUAGGAUUUUAUGGAACCAAACUCCCUGUAGAUAAAAAGGAUUUUCAAGAUGCCUAGGGUUCAAGGGUGAAUCCAAUUUGCAUAGUGAAGAAGCUUGCAGUGUGUAUCACAAUCCAUUUUAUCUCCUACCUCUGUGCCUUCUUAGUUAACCCUUUCAAGCAUAAACUGUAGGCUGAAUUAAUCAAAGUCUUUAAAUACAGCCUUAGCUAGAGAAUAGGCACAGUUUGAUGGUUUGUUUGUUGUUGUUUUUAGUCGUUUAGUCAUGUCCGACUCUUCGAGACCCCAUGGACCAGAGCAUGCCAGGCACUCCUGUCUUCCACUGCCUCCCGCAGUUUGGUCAAACUUGAUGGUUAGGCUCCCCCAAACUAUUUUGAGAAAUCUGAAAGUUCCUUGCCAUUAGAUUUUCAGGUCUUAAGUUAGGUAGCACUUUCUUCAGAAUCACUGACACUAAAUACAAAAAUACAUGCUAUUUCUUCCCCAGAUUUUAAGUUUACCAAAUUAUAAAUGUAGCUUACAAAUAGAAACUCACAUACAUUUGUGCUGACCUGGUUGAAUUCUGAGAACACAUAUACUGUACACUAGAUUAUGAUUUAUCACAUGUGAUCAAGAAACAGGGGGGUGGGGGAGAGAGGGAGAGAGAUAACAAACUCAAACGUCCACGGCCUUUGGGUGAAUUCUGCCCUCUUGUGGUACAAAUUUUAGAAACACAAAGUACUAUUAAAAAUGUGUAUUUUAUCCAUACCAUUCAUUUUAAUUUUCUCCACCUCAAUGCCAUUCAUGAAGCCAAAUCUGAGCAGAUUCACUGCCAUAUGCUUUGAUUUCAAAAUGCGAUGACAAGGUCCAGCUCAGUUGUGAAUAUGGACCUGGUUCCUGGGCUGUUUAACUACCAGAAGUGUUAGCUAUACAGUGGUACCUCGGGUUAAGUACUUAAUUCGUUCCUGAGGUCUGUUCUUAACCUGAAACUGUUCUUAACCUGAAGCACCACUUUAGCUAAUGGGGCCUCCUGCUGCUGCCGUGCCACUGGAGCACGAUUUCUGUUCUUCUCCUGAAGCAAAGUUCUUAACCUGUAACCUGAAGCGUCUGUAACCUGAAGCGUAUGUAACCCGAGGUACCACUGUAACUGGGGAGAGGGGGAGCAUAUACAUCAAUAAGCGCUGUGUUGUGUGUAAAAAUAGAACACUGUUUUCACACAAUUUCACCGAUUCAGUGAAACUUCUCGCAGUAUUUUUGAAAAAACAAAGGAUGCCUGCCCAUGAGCAAAUUCUGUGUAGAUAUGUGUACUUUCAAGGGAUCGCAUUUCAAUUUACGAAUAUUCAGAAUAAUUUGCAAAAUGUGCAAGUUUGUUCAUGGUGGGAAUAGAAAAAGCUGUUAAGACUGUGAUAAUUUAAAGCAACAGUCUUCUUUCUCCUCCCAGAAUAUUAGAUUCUCACUUAAGGGACUCCCGUGUUAAGUCAUGGUAAUUAAUUUUCAAAUAAGUAAUCCUAAUGUGCAUUCUGACACGCUUCAGUCACGAGAGAAAAAGGUAACAUGCAAGGCCUGAACAUUUUGAAUGUAAUCAUAUCACCCUAUCAUUGGCUUAAGUUAUAUAAGGGUCACACACACACACCCACACACCGUUUUUUUAUCAAAAUAAAUUGUCUAUGCACGACUACGGUCUUUGUUGCUACUUUGCCAACAGUGAAUUCAGCAGAAAUUUUCUGCAUACCUGGGAGGCUAGGAUUUAUCCUGAAAAGGUGAAUGCAAGAGUGUGUGUGUGUGUGUGUGUGUCACUCUCAUUGUUCCUGUUUCCUCAAACUAGUGUUAUAAGAAUUCUAAGGUCUCAAAUAUAAAAUAAAUGUUCAUAAAUGUCCAAGGCAAACACAUACAUAAGUACAUAAACCUCGCGUCUAAAAUAGUACAGGAGAACAACCCUGAAGCCAUUUUGACUCUCCCAAAUUGUCCUCAGAUAUUUCUCUGCAAGGAGGAAGGAAAUGGGAAAAGCUUUCCAAUUGUCUUUGGACUGCAGGGGCUUACACCUCCCUUUUCAAAUACAGUCUGGCAAGUAUCUGUUAAGCUGAGCAAACAAUCAAUAUGCGUAAGAGAUUCCGGAACUAAAGCAUUUACCAUCUCAAAAGAAUGGCCAGGCAACCCAGAAAAUGCAAUCAAGUAAGGCAUUAUCGGGUAUCAUGGCAGACAGGAGAGAAGCAACACUCUCAAAUUUCUGCUGGAGACUUCCUCCUUCUGUGACGUAUGUAUGAUGUUUCGUGGGUGGUCUUGGGCUACAUGGUGGGCAAUUUCAAAAGUCUUUAUAGGGGCUUGUGCACCAUUGUUCGGGGUUCUCCUCCCUCCUGUGUGUGGUGAGUGGGGACCCUGUUGCAACAGUUUAUUUCCUUUAAUAAAGAUCAGGCUUACUAGCCGCUUUCCUCUCAAUAUACUCUGCUUGGCCUCUGCUUUCUCUCUGACUGAUAGAAAUCUCCUGAGGGACUCUACAGACUCUGGAUACCCCAUAAGGGAAUUAGAGCCAAAAACUAGAUAAAGCGAAACAGCCUUUUGAAAUGCAAGCACAAAUGAAUUAACUCAUCAUGAACACACCAACAUUUCACAGUAAAAUAAUAUAAAUUGAACUGGGAUGACAUUUUAUUAUUAGUUUUCUGUUGCUUCUCUUUUCUGGCUGCUCUAAAGAUGGUCAACUGAAAAAACAACAAUUAAAACAAGCUGUCACUGGGGUGUCUACUCUCCCUUUUUUAAUUUAAGAAAACAUCUCAAAAACAGCACACAUGAUAAAAACAAAGACACUCCAUAUCUAUUUGUUUUGUCUACAUUACUUUCUCAGCCUAAAUUUCACAUGAGUAUCAGAGUCCCUCUAGCGGCCAACUCUGGAAGCAUCAAUAUAGCAUUGUCAGCUGUAUACAGUACAAUUUUGCCAUUGAUUACAGUACAGUACAGUGGUACCUCUGGUUACAUGCUUCAGGUUACAUACGCUUCAGGUUACAUACUCUGCUAACCCAGAAAUAGUGCUUCAGGUUAAGAACUUUGCUUCAGGAUAAGAACAGAAAUCGUGCUCCGGCGGUGCAGCGGCAGCAGGAGGCCCCAUUAGCUAAAGCGGUGCUUCAGGUUAAGAACAGUUUCAGGUUAAGAACGGACCUCCGGAACGAAUUAAGUACUUAACCUGAGGUACCACUGUACUUGGUUUUCUUUUGUUAGGAGAGAUUUAAGUUAAAAAUAAUAUGUUUCUUAUUAACAACCUGUAAGCAAAAGCUUUAUCAAUCACAAGUCAUAAAAUUUUGUUCCUAAUCCCACCACAAAGUAGCAUAGGUCAAUGGAUGGAGUUUGAGGAGAGGGAAUUGGCGUCUGUGUCAUUUCACAGCCCCUCAAUGCACAACAACGCAAUAUGGGUGGAAAUGCUGCCAAUGGUAGCAGGACAAUCGCUUCCAGAUUAGCCCUGCCUAUAUUCAGCUACGGGUUCUUUAAGCAUAGCCCACAUAAAUUAAAUCCCUUGCUCUGGGAAGGGCUUCUGCCAAGAGUGUGUGAAUCUAAAAACCAGUAGUUCAAGCUCUAUGGUUUGUUUUUUUUACAGUUUGAGGGAAGCUAAAACCAGUACUGUUCUGAUGAAUACUCACAGUACUCAGACAGCUGAAAAUCAACUCACUAUUCAAGAAAAGGGAGUUAAGUGUUUUGAUUGCUGCUUUAAAUCAUACUCUACUCAUACACUCAUUCACUAUAAAUACUUUUGGGCUCAACCAAACCUAUCACUAUUUUAGCAACUGUUAUACACUAUGAGCCACAGCUCAGGGGUAAACACCCCUGCCUGAAACCACUGCUAGUUGGUGUAGACCAGGGGUGUCCAAACUUUUUUGAGGGCCAGAUUUGAUGAAGUGAACAUGCGUGAGGGCCGACCAUAGUUGUUGACCUUUUUUUAGGACUGAAGUUGUUGACCUUUGGACAUGCCUGGUGUAGACAGUGCAGAAAUCAACCAACCAAGGUCUGACUCUGUACGGUGGCAACUCGGGUUAAGUACUUAAUUCGUUCCGGAGGUCCAUUCUUAACCUGAAACUGUUCUUAACCUGAAGCACCACUUUAGCUAAUGGGGCCUCCUGCUGCCGCCACGCCACCUGGGCACGAUUUCUGUUCUCAUCCUGAAGCAAAGUUCUUAACCCGAGGUACUAUUUCUGGGUUAGCGGAGUCUGUAACCUGAAGCGUAUGUAACCUGAGGUACUACUGUAUAAGGCAGUUUCCUAUGUUCCUUUUAUUAACUCCAACAUUUAAAAGAAUUCUAUGUUUACCAUCUGUUUGGUGCACAUGGCAACACCGGUUUUUACCACUGGUGUUUGCCAGCAUCAGCAUAAUUUUUUUUUUUUUUAAAAAAGUAUGUAAACAGUAUCUAGAUUAGCAGUAAACCAGUCAAUAAUCUACCAGCCAGCUCAUCUGAAAUACUGUAGAUACAAAUUAACUUCUAUUUUGUAAAGCAAGAGAUAACCAAACUCUGUUUUAGUGAGGCUGCACUUGUGACAUGCCUACCAAGCAACUGAUCUGCAAUACAGAACAAGACCCCCAGCAUCCCAUGAUAACACAAAGAUGAUACGUAAAAGUCACUAUGAUCCUCUUGACAGAGUGAUGAAUGUGUUCAGAUUCCACCUCAGUGUAGCCUCAUCAUCUUGGCAAGUCACUCUCUCCCUCUCCAUUUUGGUUGCAUUUGUUAAUAGGAAUAAUAUUGCUUUAAAUGUUCAUAUCUGGUCUUCUUGAUCAAUUCAAAGCAGCUUACCCCACAGAACACAACUCUCACUGGAACAUGACAUGAAAUGCCAAGGCAGCAAUUUAUUGAUCUAGGAUUACUGGAAGCAUCUGACUUGAUCUUUCUCUUUCAGCAUCCUGUUCCACUUGGCUGUCACGGGCUCAGAUAGAAUUUAAGAAAGUGGCCGAAGCAAACAUUACUCUGCCCUGUCACCAUCGACUGUACCGCCUGGGGCAAACAAGCCUAGACAUAGAAUGGCUGCUAAAGAAUUCCGAUGCUGAACCGAAAGUGGUAUGUCUAUCCCCUGAAAUUCAAAGUUCCUUAGUUCACACUAUCCCCACAUAGAUUCUGGGGUUAAAGGAAUAAAACAACCUUGCCCUCACCCAGGGAUUUUAUGAGCUGGAGCUCAAUGGAGCUCAGCUCCAGCACCUCUCAGGUGGGCGUCACUGCCAUUUUAAGAGAACAAGGGAGAAGUUCGUGGUGAGCUCAGGAACCUCUUUUUUUGGAAAAAUAACUCUGCCCUCAUGUAUGAGGUGGCGCCGCAAGGUGUGGCAGUGCACCCCGGGUGCCAUGUCUGGGGGGGUGACAAGGUGGCACCCCGCAGGGUGCUCGCCCCGCCACCCCCCGGCGCAGCAGCGCAAGCAGCCAUUGCAGCGCCGCAGUCACAUAGGGAGGAUCCUCUGUUCGCAGUUGCAGCCGCGAGCAGAGGAUCCCAUCAUCGUCUGUACAGCAUUUGAGCAGCGCCAGUGGCAAACUCCUAUGUACAACGCAUGCAGUGUUGAACGCAUGCGCUGAAUGUAGCGAUGCUGCACAUGUGCUGUACAUUGCGGUUUGCUGCCGGCAUCGCCCAAGCACCGUACAGACGGCGGUGAGCAGAGGAUCUCACCACUGUCUGUACGGCGUUCGGGCACUGCCGGCGGCAAACUGCUACGUACAACGCAUGCGUGGUGUCACACGCAUGUGCUGUACAUAGUGACGCUGCACAUGCGCCCUACGUAGCAAUGCCACACAUGCGUCGUACGUAGUGACACAACGCUUGCGCAGCCGGUGGUUUGCCCCGCCCUGGGUGUCGGUUAGCCUUUGUUCGUCCCUGCAUGUAUGCUAAUAUAUAAAGUUGGCUCAGAACAAUAUGAGACUUCAGAGUCCUAUGAAGAGGCUUUUGUUACAAUGCAAACUGGGAAACACCAGCCACACCUUUGGUCACACUGAGAUAGCAAAACUAGUUAACAUAGAUUACUAAGCACUACACAUUUUAAAAGCAUACAAGGAGCCUGCUUGGCAAACCAGCCAUUCUAUAUUUUAAAAGAGCUCCCGCGUUGGACGACAGAUUUCUGGUGAAAAGGAUAACUUAGAAAAUUUAGAAGAAUUGGAGUGCAGUCUUGAACAUGUCUAACUAAGUAGUAUGCCCCAUUAACUUUGAUUGGGCUUACUCCAAGGUAAGGGUAUAUGCAACUGCAGCCUUAGCCAUGAAAAGAUUUUUUGGAUGUAAAUGUUUUCUGUUAAACAUUAGUCACACUGUGAAACAGAUGGAUGCCAACAACACUGUAAGAAACACCAAACUAUUCCAUAAAGGGAUAUACAUGCCUUAGUUACGUUAUGUUUGGAUUACGUACUGUAACGAUCUACGUGGGGCUGCCUUUGAAAGCUGCUCAGAAACUUAAUCUGGUUCAAAGAGCUGCAGCCAGAUUGUUGACUUGGGCUGGUUAUAGGGAGCAUACAACUCCCUUGUUAAAACAGCUCCACUGGCUACCAGUCCAUUUAUGACCUAUAAAGCCCUACGCAGCUUAGGUCCAAGCUAUCUGAAAGACUGUACUCCCUCACAUGAACCUGCCUGGGUUUUGUGAUCUUCAGGAGAGGCCACCCUUACAGGCACUUGGUGGGGACAUAGGAGUGAGCCUUCUUGGUGGCUGCUCCCAGACUCUGGAACACCCUCCUUGUUGUCCCUCUGCCAGCAGGUGAAGACUUUCUUGUUCCAACAGGCUUUAGGGAACUGACUGGUUUUAAUGAAAGGGCUGGUGCCAUGCUGUUUUUCUUGUAAUUAUUUGUGUGGUUUUAAUAUAUUUUAUAUAUGUACUGUAUAUAGUUUUAAUUCUAUAAUUGGUUUUUUGCAAUGAUUUUUUAAAAGAAAUUUAUAGCAGUUCUUAUUUUUAUCUGUAAGCCACCUUGAAUCCCAUCAGGGGAAAAGAUGGGAGUAUAAAUAAAUAUCUUGAGUGAAAAGAUUAAAUACCUCUGUUGUCAUACAAGAAGGCGAUUUUUUUACCUCUAAAAGCCUAGGCUAAAGCUUGAAUCAGAAGACUUUUGUCUUAAGUAACAAUGUUACUGUGUAUAAAAAGACAUAUUCUUCCCAGACACAAAUUAAAGGAAAUAAAUCAUAAGCAUGAUUUUAAACAAAAUGUAAAUCUUAUGAAAUAUAGCUGCAGAAGGAAAAUAGACAUUGCCAAAAUUACAGAAUUGUAGUUGGAAUGGACUCCAACUACAGUGAAGCCCCCUGCAAUGAAGGAAUCACAGCAUUGAGGACAACACAUCUAGAACAAGUUACUCUUGUCCAAUUUUCAUUCAGAGAAUGUUGAAGGUUAACCCUUAACUACAAGGACAAAUUAUGAAAGACAGAAAUAAAACUUUUCAGAGAGGUAGUCAUGCUAGUGGGUUAGCAGAUGAACAAUGUUCAAGUGUGGAAAAGCCCUUGGAAUACGAAUAAAUCCUAGAGAUUUUGUUUUUAUUAAACUAGCAAUGGUGAAAUGAAGAACAAAGUAACUAAUGAGUGGACUCUCUCUGCCUCUCAGGUGAUAAAUUAUGCAGGAAGCAACACCUACACUUACUUUAAUGAUGAACAAAAGGGUCGUGUUUCAUUUGCCUCCAACAACCGGACUGGAGAUGCCUCUUUGGAGAUUUCUUUCCUGCAGCCAAGUGACGCUGGCCAAUACACAUGCAAAGUUAAAAAUGCGGGGCAGUAUGAAUGGACCCACAUAACCCUGAAGGUUCUAGGUAAGGCUCUUAUGAAGUUGUUCCAAGAUAAGUACUUAGUUUAUCUAUUGAGUAUCAUGUUAUUCUGGCUUACAAUUAAUAGUAGGAAUCUGUUAUUUUUUUCCUAUUCCCAGAAAAACCUUCUAAACCCAAAUGCUGGAAAGAAGGAGAGAUGAUAGAAGGAAAAGAAAUCAGUUUACAGUGCAAUACUGUCUCUGGCACUACACCCAUAAUGUACAAAUGGGAGCGUAUAGAAGAGGGUGGAAAAGCUGGGUCCCUGCCACCCAUGGCACAUAUCAGUAAGUUCAUUGUUGUCCCAAAACCACCUUCAGCAAAGGUUUUCUCGUGGCUGCUCAUUAUGGCAGAUAUCAAAAGCAGGGAAUGUUUCUGGGUCUUCUGUAUAAAGUAUAAAAAGCUGAAAGUCUUUGACAUGUAGAGUAUCAUUAUUCCCUGCAAGAGAUAUAGAAGGUUCUACAUUAUUUAUUUAGGUAUUAAACAAUGUUUAAACAAUGUAUCCUUGUCCUACCUAAUUCAUGAAAUCUUGAUUUCCCCCCAGAUUUUUCCAAUCCUGCACAAGUUCUGCUGAAGAACCUCACAUGGAUGGCAACAGGGUUAUACCAGUGUACUGCCUCUAAUGAAGUAGGGCAGGAAAGUUGUGUUGUAAAAGUGACUGUGCAGUGUAAGUAUACAGGGAAUCCCAAGUGUUUUUAAGGUUGGAGGAGGGCAAAGUGGCCCAAUACUAAAUUAAACAUUAAAUUCACAACGAAUGUCAAUUGUACCAAAAAGACAGUUCAUUAAUAUUAUAGAAAAGCAGAACAACUAGAAGGCCGCUGUUCAGACCUUGGCUUCAUCACUCUCCAUCUCCCAAACACUCCACACAAUAGCUGUCAGUUUACACAAUGAAGCUUUGCUCCCAAGGCACAGUAACCAAGACCCUGUAGUCAGCCAUUGGGUCUAGAAACUGCACCCCUCUUUCUCCUUUAUCAAUCUCAGGUGUUCUCUGCUCACCUUUGGUCAAGCAUGAGGCUCUUAAUCUCAGGGUUGUGGGUUUGCAUCUCAGGUUGGGCAAGAGAUUCCUGCAUUGCAGGGGGUUGGGCUAGAUGACUCGUGUCUAUGAUUCUAUUAUUUAGGGAUCCCUACAAACUAAUAUAUUUUUGGUAGAAGCAGCAUCUCUAGGUUUCAUUAAUGAGCUAUGUCUCUGAAGUAAAGGCCACAAUUUUGAAUUAUCCACUUGCCUAAUUUUAUACUGAGCCUCAAAUUUGACUGAAGAGGCAGAAAUAAUUUUUUAUUUUCCUGUAGCGCAAUAAAAUAUACUUAUAACCAGAAGCUGAGUAAAAACUACAUGGGAAGGGUUCACAGCAAUGAAUGAGUUUUGCUUUCCUGCUUAGGCACUUAAUGAUAGCAAUACUGUGGGUCACGAAGUUUUCCAAGUUAGUUUAACCAGCGAUUAGGGUUUUUGGAAAACUGUUUUCCCCAUGACACGGGAAUAAGGGUAAGCCUCACAUGGUUGGCAACAAGUCUUUGCCAACAUACACACAAAUCUAGGUGUGUGCAACCAUGAGGAAUAGAUUUGCUUUUAAAUAAAGGGACAAGAGGAAUAAGAGAGUCCUUACAACAAUAAACAGUAACUGCUUUGUGUGGUGUGAAGGAGCUGUGCUCCCAAGACAAGCAUCACCACAGCAGCCUAUCUAGAAAGAACUUGGGUGGAACUGGGCAGAGGCAAGGUCAGAGCUACUUAGGCAUACCAGCAGAAGCACUGGAUUAGUUCCACUGGUGCACUCCCACAGCCACAACUACACCACCAUGCUGCCAGCAGCCAUCACGUAUGAACAAGAUGACCUCUCUCAACAGACUUUUCUUGUCCCAUGACAUGGUCUGGUGAUGCAUGAUGCAGCCACCUUGCUCAAGAUAAAGAGGUCUAAAACCUGCUCAAUGACUGGAUGGGAGACUGGAAACUACCCAAGCUCCUAGAUGGAAGAAAGACAGGUUAUAAAUGUAAUAACUACCCAGUCAAGUAAUAAAUAGUUUAGAAAGUUCUACUGUGGUACAAUGUGCUACUUAAUACAUAUUAACUGAACACUUUAAGCCUGUGCCCAGCAACCAUUAUACAUGGGUCACAAUGCCAAAAUAAUGGCACACCAAGGUUAAAAGAAUCUGUGAGCAACAACAGAUUAGGCAACAAAAAUAUAAAUAAACAGCAAUAAUACAUUUGGAUACUAUAUUACACAUUUCAUAAUAUUUACUGUAAUAAACAUAAAAUGUACAUUAUGGAUACAUUUAAAAAUAUUUGUAGACUGAAUGAAUGUGUAUCAGAGCGCAUGUUUAAGGUGGAAACUUGAAGUCACUAAAAGGAAUUUUUCAACCAGCCAGUCUUGUUAUAGUUACUUUAAAUUUAUUAAAUGUAUCAAUUACUUCUCACAACAAAAAUUCCCAAAGUGAUUUACAACAAAAAAUAACAAUAAUACAAAUACAUAAACAUGAUUAAAAACAUUCACAACACUUUGUGAAAGUGAUCCGACUUAAAUUUCACCUCUUUAAUCCAGAAGUAGACAGAGAUUUAUCAAGGCUUUAUUUUUCCUAAAAUAAAUGUAAAUAUGAAUAAAGGGACAUUCAACAGAGAAGAGGUAAAAAGGGCUUAACCUGGACUACAGUGUUUAUGCAGUUCACUAUAGCAAUUUGAGUAUGCUGUUAUUUUAUCUUUUGGACACAGUACUAGAACUUCUUUAGAAACUCCUAUACAAGAGGAUUAAGUUGCAUGGAAACUCACUGAAACAGACACAACAUACUGUGGCAAAAUUUUUUGUUCUUUGGCAAACGUAACACUGUAUGUAUUUAUGAAUCAACAGAUGCACAAAAUUUUGGCAUAGUUGCGGGAGCAGUGUGUGGAGCAAUGGGGGGCCCUGCCCUGGUUCUCUUGGCGGUGUGGCUGACAAUCAAGAAAAAAGAGAAGAAGAAAUAUGAAGAAGAAGAGACCCCAAAUGAAAUCAAGUAAUUACCUCUAAAGUAUUUCUAUUUACAACUCUCCAAAGACCAAAUUAACACCACAUUACCUUCCUGUGUCACAGAAGGUCUCAGAACUGGCAGAAUGGGGGAGGGGGAGGUUAUCACUCAGUGAUAAAAGGUUUCUAAUCGGAUGGGGAGUUAUGUGUUGAGAUUCCUCCACUGCAGGGGGUGGACUAGAUGACCCUCAGAACCCCUUCCAACUGUACAAGUCUAUGAUUCUAAGCACAUGAUUUACACGGUAUCCCAGACUGAAUCACUGGUACCCCAGUUUAAAAGGCCCCCAAGUAACAGAGCUGGGAAAGAUCUCUGCCAAUACCGUGGAGAGCUGCUACAGGCAGCAAGAGAGAGUACUACACCAGCUGGAUUAAUGAUCUGACAAAAGCGAAUAGUUUUAUGGUCCUUAAAACAUUUACAAAAGUAUUACAGGAUAAGCCUUCCUGGACUAAAGUCUGCUUCAACAUGAAAUGUUAUCCUCAGGGGGCAGGUAUAUGUGGAUGUAGUGAAAAAAUGUAAACAACAUCAAAAUGAGAUUGAAAAAUAGUCUUUGACAACUCUGCUGAAGCUUAAACAAAGGCAGAAAAUGGCAGCUUUAUGUGCAUACAGGCAACUCCCAAUUUACACGAGGGUUAAGUUCCAAAGGCCCCACACAUUUAAGUGAAAUUGCAUUUAUUUGAAACACCACUGUAAAGGCCUGCACACACCCCAUUCCACCCCUUUUUGUGACUUUUAGGGUCACUUCUAGGUUCAUCGAGAAUCAGAUGUGCAGUCACGCACAUAUCGGACACACUUAAAAUGGUUGCUGCCUGUAUACCAGCCACUGUCUUGUGUUAUCAGGCACAAGACAUGUGGGCUGGGAAAAAGACUGGCUAUCAUAUCACUCACCUGCCCAGUUUUUUAUUUAUGUCAUUGCACAGAUAAAUUAUAUUACUGUCUAUUAAAGUUUGUUCCUACCUAUUUAAAAGGGAAAUGCAGUAUGAAUCUAGCUGCAUUACAAUAUGCAAGCCUGGGGCAAGUGGAGUGAAUAAAUGAGUCAAGACUGAAGUUUCAAGGCUAAAUAUGUGUUAUUCUAUUGUGGGAGACUUGUGUCUCUUCAGAUGUUGCUGGACGACAACUCCUAUCAUCCAUAUUCAUUGGCCGUGCCAGCUGGAACUGAUGGUAACUGGAGUCUUAAUUAAACACCUGGAGGGCCACAGGUUUCCCACUCCUGCAGUAGGGAAAGUGUAUGGACAGCAAUGCAGUUUAGUUUGAGAUAAUUGUGAACAAAUUAGUUACAUGCUAUUUCAAAAAUAUUCAUUCUCAUUAACCCAUGAAUGCUGAGAUCCUUAACAAAAAUACUGUGCACCUUGUGUUCCUUUGAAGAGGUAUUAAAUACUCAUUUGUGCAUUACUUUAACUUGUCAGUGCUAAUGAACAUGGUGUAGAUUAGAGGUUAUCAAACUUUCUAUUCCUAAGGCUACUUGAGAUGGCUGGGAAUUACUGAGACUCACCAGUCACAAAACAGUGGUGCAGGGCAGUCAGCCACAAAAUAGUGGCAGAUGGAGGUGGAGUUUGGCAUAAUCAGCUGAUGAUUAAAAUCAUUGUGUAUUGACAUCUAUUCCCUCUUCAGAAAUGGCUAAAUUCUUUGCCAAAGCAUUUCCCUUGUGACAGACAGUUCCUUUUCAUCUUUUUUUCAUUUAAAUACAGACUCCACAUAUAGCUGCUGGGUGACCUUGGGCUAGUCACACUUCUCUGAAGUCUCUCAGCCUCACUCACCUCCCAUAAUGUUUGUUGUGAGGAAGGGAAAGGAGAUUGUUAGCCGCUUUGAGACUCCUUAGGGUACUGAUAAAGCGGGAUAUCAAAUCCAAACUCCUCCUCUUCUUUAUAUAUAUUUUAUCUGCCAUUUCCCAGAGUUGAAUACAAAGUUUAUUCCAUACAAGAUUCACCCAGCUACAUGCUUGUCAAUUGAAUUUGUAAUAGUAUUUUGUAUAUUUAUUAUUUUAAGUGAUCUUCUUAAGAUACUUUAGUUUGAAGUUGUAUAUUAUUAUUUAAUAGCUGUAACAGUGAUAAUUUCUGUCACUAUUGUGAAGUACUAAUUCAUAUGAAUUCUUGAAAGGAAGAGCACAUACUUUCAAGAACUGACAAAUGACAACAAACUUUGUGUACAUAGCUCUCUCUAUUUUAGCACAUAACCCUUACCAGAACUUUCCUUAACUUUAUUUGUUGGAUGUUUAAAACAAGUCUGAACUACAUGAUUCAGCCUACACCCUCAGGAGAGAAAAUGAGAGUCAUCCUUGCCCAGCCCUCAUGACUCACAAUAUCCCAUUUAAUCUCUUUAUAAUCCAGCCAUUAAGCUGAUACCUGUGCUCUUUCACAGAUUAUUUUUUUUAAAAAAAACCUCUGCAUCUCUUCGAUUGCAUAUUAGGGUUGGAAUUUUGUAAGAGAAACCAUUAGUACAGAUUACCAGUAUCUGCCUAUGUGACACUUAACUGGACUUUUUUCCUGUCCCUUGCUUUCAACCUUAGCAUCUUUGGAAACUUUCAUUUCACUUCACUGCCCUUUUCUAUACACAGAGCAACAUGAAUGAUGCAGGAAGAAAUUGGAAGCCAUGGGAUACAAUAGAAGCACACAAACUACCUUGAGUAUUGAGAGAGGAAUGUCUCUCAAGAUACAGGAAAUAGUAUAGUACAGUUCUACGGCACUGGGUUUGGCUGUGGGGAAACCCAGACUCAAAUACCCAUUCACCUAUGAAGUUCACUUGGAUGACCCCAGGCAACUCACACUUGUACAGCCUACCUAGUUACUUGGGAGAUGAGAUACAAAUGUAAAAAACAAAUUCUAGAUAACUGAAUUGUAUAUCAGGAAUGUAACACACACUAAUUUGUCCAACUUAUGUACAGAGUGUCCUAAGUCCCGAGAGCACUCUGUGACCCACUUUCAAGCUGCAACAAGUAGUUCAGGUUCAUCCGCUGACUCCACUAUAUUAAUAUGGGUUAGAUCACACACAAGGGAAUGACUUAUUAACACAGUCUGCCUCAGCACUGUGCCCUAGAACUACAACCUUGGUCAAGGGUGAAAAAUUCUCAAAGGUUUUAUUACCCUGAAACUUUAAACCAUGUUUUAAAGCACUUCAGAAGAUGCUUCCAAGCAGAUACAAAAUAAUUCUACACAAUCACAUUUUAAUGCAAUGCUACUCAAAGUGGUAAGGGACAUGGGUGGCACUGUGGGUUAAACCACAGAGCCUAGGACUUGCCGAUCAGAAGGUCGGCGGUUCGAAUCCUCACAACAGGGUGAGCUCCCAUUGCUCGGUCCCUGCUCCUGCCAACCUAGCAGUUCGAAAGCACGUCAAAGUGCAAGUAGAUAAAUAGGUACCGCUCCAGCGGGAAGGUAAACAACGUUUCCGUGUGCUGCUCUGGUUCACCAAAAGCGGCUUAGUCAUGCUGGCCACAUGACCCGGAAGCUGUACGCCGGCUCCCUCGGCCAAUAAAGCAAGAUGAGCGCCACAACCCGAGUCGGUCACGACUGGACCUAAUGGUCAGGGGUCCCUUUACCUUUACUCAAAGUGGUGGUCCGUGGACAUCUGCCAGUCCACAAGUCAUCAGCUUCCACCAUGGUCCAAGUUGGGUAGGAUGUUUUAGAGACCAAAUAUGGUGUCAAUUCUUGGCACACGGUGCGGGGCUGCCAAUCCACCACAUCAGAUAACUUGAGAAGCAACUGUUUUAGCAGACUAUGACAGAAUGUGUUAUUUUAGCAACAGCAGCCUAGAAGUGCAAUUGUGUGCUUUUUCAAUCGAAUGUCAGGACAGCUUCAUAUUCCUGCACUGCAGGGGGUUGGACUAGAUGGUACUCAGGGUGCCUUCCAACUCUACAAUUCUAUGAUUAAGAUAGGGAAUACAAACACAUCGUUAAGGAACCCCUAAACUUUUGACUGCUAGAAGCAAAUACUCAGGAGACUAGAUUGUUCAGUUGUGUUGCUGCUCAACCUCAUUUCAAACUUCCAGUGUUGGUCUUAUUGGGAAAUAACUAUGGACUCAAUUAAUUACUGAUCUGACUCAGUGUGGUAGUUCUUUUGGAUUUGUUUUUUGGGCACGGCAUGGCAGUUGUUGCACAAUAUAGGAUUGACCCAAUGCAGUAAUGACACAUCACAGCUGUGUGAAACACAAAUGAGUUUUAUUUAAGCGAUCACAGUAGAAAAAUUACAAAGGACUCCUAAAAGAACAUCUGCUUGCCAUUGUGAGAACAGGAUACAGAACUAGACGGCUCAUUUGCCUGAUCCAGCAGGUUCUUCUUAUGUUCUUAAUUAUCUUCACAGUGGAUGGGGCCAGAAGUGACAUGUAUGUCAUACCUGGCUGUAUGAAGGCAGAUUGUGUCCCCUCACACCAACACAAUCAAUAGUAUAAGGGAAGGGAUUCAAGCCCGUCUUGCUGGUAAUCCUUAUACUGUAUUUAUACAAAUUAAUAGAAUAGGUUCUGUAAAAGCCAUAGUUUAGAGUUUAGAUCCAUGUCACUUGUGUUACUUGCAGCCUAUCACUCCAUAUGAGCCUUUGGUUUCAGAGACUGCCCCCACCCAUAAUGCAAUACACAAUAUUCCUGCUAACUAACGCCUGCAACUUUCCUAACAGUAGAUAACUGGUCAUUUUUUUAAUCCUCUAGGAUUUAUACUUUGCAUUUAAACCCUGAAUUAUUUAGAAUGGUAUUAGGAUGAUUUGGAUAACAUGGAAGUAAGCAUUUUUAUUCUUUUCACGCAUUGUGAAUGAUAUACAUAUGUAAUACAGGUGAAAAGAUCAGCACUUAAUUCAAAACCUUGUUGAACUUCUAAAGCAUCUUAAAAUUAAUGAAAUGAAUAUGUCUGGUCUUCAUUAUUUUCUACAUUUAAUCAUAUCAUCUCUUGAUUACAGAGAAGACGCAGAGGCACCAAAAGCCCGAUUAGUCAAGCCUGGCUCUUCCUCUUCUGGCUCCAGAAGUUCACAUUCUGGAUCCUCCUCAACAAGAUCAACAGCAAACAGUGCCUCCCGAAGCCAGCAGACAUUAUCAACAGAGGCCACUCCUCAUAUUACUCCAACGCAACACAACCAGGUUGAGAUAGAUGGCAGGGAAACUGAGCCAAAGAAAAUAAACCACACCAACUUUAUGAAAACAGAAGCCACACCAACCAUGAUGCCUGCUCAGAGUCGGGUUUUCCAGUCAGUUUGAUUAUUCCGCAUCUAUUCAGGCUCCAGCUAUGCCCAUAACACACACACACACAAACCACCAGCACUAUAUUAGAUUGUUUACCUUCCAAGGGAGCUCCCCCACCACACACACUCAACCACUACAUAAUAAAACUCAUCACAGUAUUCUCUGCUACAGGUAGCCUUGAAAAGUGAACUCAUGCUGGUUUUUUUAUUAUUAUUUUUAAUGCUUUUUGUGAUUAACUCUUAAAGGAAGAAAAGGGAACACUGAAGUGGCAGGUGUCAAAUGCUGGAGUCUUGAACCAUUUUUAAAAAAAUAAAAAAGAGACACAAAAAAUCCCAAUAGAUCUCUGAAGUGGAAAUUUAUUUGGUAGUUUUCAUGAAAUGUAUACAAGAAGCAAUACAGAAGUGUGUCGGGGGGGGGGGGGGACGACAAUGGACAGUGUACUUCUCUUCUCUGUACUGGAAAUAACACCAUCCAUUUUUAGGAUGGAUAUUGCCAAAGUUAUGUUGUUGCUUUUAAAAAGGCCAGAAUAAAAUGGAAAGUGUGAUGAGUAAAACUUCUAAUUAAUGGUUUGGGAAAUCUUGUUGUAAAUAUAUUUGUGAAAGAAACACUCAGACACCCAAAAUUUAAAGGAAAAAGCCAAUGAAAGUUUGUUUACACAAUGCAACCAGAACUGUAGAAUUCCAUAGCUGAUUUUAAGAAUUCCUCAAAUUUUCCAAAGUACAAAAAGACUUCCAUUAUUACUAUUUGUUACUGAAGAUAUAAAUUUAUAACUAGGCUGAUUUAAAAUGUUCAUACUGCAGCUGAUUGUUUUAAAGCCUGAAUUCUGACAUUUUAUCACAUUCAGAGUGAAACCACUAGCCUAACAUAGUACAAGAAUGAUUCCCAAAUGGUUGCUUAGAAAGUACCAGUGGAUCAUGUACUGUAUUGGCAAUUCAUUAACGUUAGAUACAACACAAGGGGUUUCAAUAAAGGUUUCUCAAAGGAAAUCAGGGGUGAAUUUUCUUCCUAAGAGAGAAAGGCCUUUACUUGGAGAGUCUCUGUAACAAAAUGUUUGGAAAUAUUUGAAGCAUGCUCCAGUAUGAUUAAAAUCACUUAUCUAGGAAUACUAAUAGUUCUAGCCAGUUAGUCCUACUCAGAGUAGACCCACUGAAAAUAAUGGACAUGAAUUAUUUAGAUCAAUUCACUUCAAUGGGUCUACUGCAAGUACAGCUAGCUGGUUGCAACCCUAACAGUACCCCAUGUUUAUUCAGAAUUCUACUGUGUUGAAGAAUGUGCUCCUAAUGCUCACAGAGUAGUACUUUAAGUUUAUUAUCCCCAACUAAGGAACCUACUUUCCCCUUCUUCAAAAUAAACCUAAUACAGUGCCAAUGACUUCUGUUUGCAGGUCAUACUGAAUUCAUAUUAUGCACAUCCUUAACAUGAAUAAAUUAAGAUAUAAGGUUUAUGGACCACUGAACAGUUUUAUCACUGCACUGAUUUGAAUCACCACAGAGAAGAUUGCAAGGUGGUCAACAGUUUAUGAUUUAUUGUAAACUUCAUUUUUCAAACUUUUAACUAGGAAGCUUUUUAGAUCACUUUACUCAGGAUCUGACCCAAGUACAGAAAUGGAUUAAUGAUUUGUAUCACAAAAAAGAGGAUACUGAAACAGUGAUAUGUGGCAGAUUUUUUUUCAACACUUUGUUUCCCACUCAGGAAGCUCAGUAGUAACAAUGAGUGGAUGCUAACUGCAAAUAAAAUACUAGGCAAGUUUGGCAAUUUCAAAGUUUUUAGUUUUGUUUACUAAAUACAAGUAAAAUAAACAUGCUAAAUCAGAUCACUCUCUAGGGCACCAAAUUAUUUUCCACUGCAAGCUUGAAUCCCCACCCCAAUUUAAAUUAUCCCAUACAAAUUACUCUAAUUUACAAAGGAAAAUCUACAUCAUUGUAUUCAAAUUGGCUAAGUUGUAAAUAUAUGGUACGUGUGUACUUUGAGCCUUCACAUGCUAUUAAAUUUCCAAACCCACACCUGCCAUUUCUUUAAAGGUGAAGUACAAACUAUGAAUUCUACUAGUUUAGCACAUCGUCAGUGGCAUUAUAGGUUAAAAUUAACCCAAGUGAAUUACACAGGUAUUAAGGGAGAUAAGAUCUAAAUAAAGGUGGAAUAUAUUCUUACAGAUCAUCAAAUAUUUCACAUUUAAAGAGAAUGUUAAGUGCAAUGGCUUUUGAAGUAGACAUGGUACUAAACACUAUUUCAUAAGGGAAAUCACGCUCAUGUUACGAGAAACCAAACUUUAUUUUGUAAAAUAUUCUAUUUAAAGUAUUUACUGUUAUUCUGUAUACCAACUGCUACUUAGUGUGGGUGCAUAAAUCUUCUCUAGUUUUGUUUUAAUUCCUAAUUGGUAAACUGAGAUUACGUCUACCUGCUAUUAUUGGUGUACUUGUGCUCAGAAGGAGGAACACAAAAUGAAACAAACAUUUAUUAUAGAUUCCUUUGAAUCAACAAUUUAGUAAGGUUGUUUUGUUGUUGUUUUUAAAUAAAAGAGGUUGCAGUAUAAAUGCUGUAGUUCAACCAAACCUGGAAAAGUGUCACAAUUUUGUUAUGUAACUAACUUUAUGGUCCAAUUAAUUAUUUCAAACUGCAUCAAGGAGAGGGAAAAUGAGAGGAACUUCCUCUUACCUACAAAGUGUUUAUAGAGGAAAGUGAUUAGAGAAGGGGAUAGUAGUAGGCUUCCAUAUCCUGGCUAGCAGGAGAUCUAGGACCUGGGAGUCUAUACUAUAUGAAGAGUCUGAUGGCUUUCUUGUGACCUAUUUGUAUUGCUGAUCCCACUUUACAAUAUGCAGUAAGACCUAAAGGUCAUGAGAUGCAAAGCCUGUCACAUUUCUAUGUAAACAGAGUAAUCUAUUCACACUUGCAGUUACUUAUAUGGUGCUAAUUAGGCUAAAUUGUAUUAGAGAAUCAAUAGGACUUAUUUCAGAAUAAACAUCAAUUCCAAGAAAUCCUACAACAAAAUGGAAAUUUCAAGCUUUUGAAUGCACGUAUAACUAGAAUGCCCUAUGGAUUAUAUAACCAAUGAACACACAAUUCCACUGGGGGGAAUCAUUCCAGCAACAUACCCCAGAAGACCUUAUUUGAAGAUAUAAAUAGAUCCGAUCUACAGUAGUUUAGUCACCCUUCAGAACCAACAACCGUAGCAAGCACAUUUUGACAUAAGAUGAUAGGGACAAAGCUUCCCUCUGACAAUCUCAGAUUCAUCAGUAUCAGGAUUAGAGAUGGGAGAAAUUUCUUCAACUUCCAAGAGCCUACUUGAAAAAGAAAACUUUUAACAGGCUAAUACAAGGACAUCCUAAUUUUGCCCCCAAACCAAAGAGAUUCUUAAUUAGGUAACAAUUGGGGGAAAGAGAAAUUUGUGUAGGAAUAAGCGCCCCAAAAUACUGAGAUUGAUAGGGAAAUAAAUUGCACA